AUCACGUGGAUACGCAGAUGUAGAGCACCUGGAGCGAACCUGAAACAGCUGCUAACUAGUAUUCCCGCAUUCCCGCUAUACAUUCGAAGUAUAUACUAUGCCGAGUGCUCUGCGCCUACGCAAUGUUUCGUCGUGAUGCUUUGCAAGUGAUUCGAAUGCGUUUCAACGUUCCUGGCUCGGCCAAAGAUCGAUCGAUUUAUUUGAAAUGACUUUUUUGUAAAAACAAGCACUUGUAGAGAUGUCUAUGACAAAUUUGAAGGCAGCAGAUAUCCUGGAGGCUCUAGAAUCAAAGCUCGCAUAUAUUCCAGGUGGUCGUGAUCGUGACGGACGGCCUUUAAUUGUAAUUAGUGUUCCUCCAGAACUUGAUCCAACAACGAAACCGAAAUUAGAGUCUCUCAUUUUGUAUUUUGUAUCAAUUUUCAGCGAAGAGACGAAAGAAAAAGGCUUGGCUUUAAUUGUGGAUGCGCGUGGCGGUGCAUGGCGGGUCGCUAGAUCCUGUAUUAGGCUAUCUAUGAAUCUUGUAGGAUCAACAGCCGUUUCCGUGAUCGUGGUGCGACCCGAUGGUUUCUGGGACAAACGUGUCGAUACCUGUACCAAGUCCCACAAAGAGAGCGAACUAAUGUACGUUACUCUAACGAGAUUACAAGUUUACAUCGAUUUUUCUCAAUUACCGUACGAGUUGGCAGGUAACAAGGCAUAUAAUCACGUUGAAUGGAUUAAGAAACGUAUGAAAAUAGAAGAUUAUUCGAGAGACGCGUUAGAACUAAUAUCGAAAAUGACAAAUUUACAUCAACGAUUGAAUACUUUUGAUGGUAUUCGUAUGAAGCAAUCAGACGACGACAUAGAAUCUUAUUGGGAAAUCGGUACAGAGUUGUUAUCAACAGCGCGUCAUAUACUUCAAUCAGGUAGAAACCUAGUCAGUUUUAUGAGCAGAGAGUCCUCCAAAGAUACUUUGGACAUGAUUAAAGAAAUUCAUAAACUGCUCGAUUCCAUCGAAUUAAAACAGAUGGAUAUUGAAAAUUCGUGGAUAGAAGUGGAACGUAAUCUGGAUACCGCCAGGUUAAUCGAAGAUCUCGAGCAAGGUGUAUCGAGUGUUACCGAUUGGAUCCUGGGUCCAGCAGAUAUGAUGCUGAACUCUUGCUGUCAAGUUGGUUUCGAUGUUGCUUCCUCCGAGGAACUGCGAAGACAACACGAAAAGCUUGAGCUUAAAUGCCGGGAAACUUAUGGACGAUAUGCGGAAUUGCUUCAUAAAAUUGACAGUCUCCCAAAAAAUAAACUACCCGAAGACUUAAAAUCUCAGAGAGAUUUCAUGGACUUUGUUUGCCGUAGUUUUGCUUCACGACUCGAAAGACGUAGAAAUGUAUUGAUCACUUCGCAAAGAUUUUUCAGGCUUGUUUCCGAGUAUUUUGAUAGGACGAGUGAAGUGUUUGAGCAAUUAGUCAUGGGUAGUAGAAAUUAUAAUUUCUCCCAGGCGAGCGUUAAACUCUUAACAUUGGAAAAAAGUCAAACAGUUUUAGACAGUUUAGAGCGCGAACUCGUAAAAGAAGGUGAAAAAUUGUCGGACGUUCUCUCUAUGCCAGUGAAGGACGCGCUUGGACGAGAAGUUUGCGUAAAUUAUAACGAGGAUAUCGUGAACAUAAAAGACAUAUUAGACGCGACAAACGCCAGGAAAAAUAUCUUUAACGAUAGCGUGGAAUUGCAAAAGCUGUCACUGAAACAAGUAGCCUUGAUACACAUGUACGAGAGCGAUGCCGAGCAAGCUGUUGAAUGGUUGAACGAUCUAUUUGACGUACUACUUCGGAAUCAUAUGGAAGUUGGAUGUAACACAAAGGAAAUACAAUCGCAGAAAGAGGAGCAUCAAUCCUUUCAGGAAACUGCGAAGGGAACCUAUGAGUACGGUGGGCAGUUGGUGAACGGCGCGCGCGUACUGAGAUUAUCUUGCAGAAUAUCUUUAGAGAGCAACGCUGGUAUCUUCUCGAGAUUGCGACAAGCUUGGCGGCAGUUUCGGUCCGUUAGUGAAGAGCAGCUAACCAGGUUGCGAGUAUGCGCCGUCUUUCACAGGAACGUUGAAGAUCAUUGUACCAGAUUGCAAAACUUGGUGGAAACGGUGACAAUCUUGUAUUGUGCUGCAAAAGACGAGGAUACAACAGCAAAGUCGCGUAUCAGAACAGACAUAAGAGACAUCCUCGAUAAUCGAGAGAAACUUUUAUUGGAGGUUGGUCGGAUGGUGAGGCUCGGUCGCCUCCUCAAGACAAGAUUAAAAGAGCCUCUUUAUCAGCAACCAAUGUCGGAAACCGAGGACACUUCAAACCUCGGCAAUAAUCUGACAGCUGUGGAAGCUAUCUCGGCGAAAUUGGCGGAAGUGACGCUUCUCGCGGAAAAACUGGAUGCGAGACUGUGCGAAGCCGGAGCUAGAACUCGACCGAUAUCUAUUCCUACCGCCGCGACGUCUUCCUCUUCGUCCUUGCUCUCGAUAUCUGCUACAUCGCCCUCAGUCACGCCCAUCCAUUCUUCUAUCGCGACAGCUUCGGCUGCGUCUACAAUGCAAAUGCAUCCAGCGUCUUCGGAAACUACGGUUGUGGCAGACAAGUCCGUAGCUUCUAUGGCGGAAAAAUCCGACGAGAGUUCGCUUCCUAUUCUCAGUUCACAUUCCACAGAGGAUGUCGAGACAUCGAAUAAAGAUUCCGACACCAAGGAAGUUACUGAAAAUCCUCGUAGCGAAAGUAUGGUAGAAGAAUGCAAUGUGGAGGAUUAUACAACAGCGACUGAAUGCUCAACGACACCACCUCCACGUUCUAGGAGCGAAUCUUUUGUAAUGCCAGAAUGCGAAGAGCUUUCUGCAACGGCGCCCGUGAAUGUCGAUGCCACUUGGUGGACCGAAACGUCUAAAGUAACAACCACUGCGGAACCUCUUGUUUCUGCUCCGAGCGAAGAAAACCAGACGCUGAAAUUUGUCGAAGCAACGUCAAAUAUUUGCGCCACCGAUGAAAUAAAACCAACAACACAGAUUGAAACGAGGGACAAAAUCACUGACGAGAGAUCACGCAGAAUUGUAAAAGAAGUAACCGAGACGACUGUUUUACGCGUGUCGCAUGAUAUCCGAUUAAACGUAGCCUCUUACAAAGUGACAUCUAAUAUCGUGCAAGAUCAUCGACAACACAUCGAUGCAAAAGAAUUUCAAAAUAUAGAAUGUGUGCUACCAGAGGAAUCUCACGAAAGGACGCACGAUAUUCAUCGUGAUCUUGAUUUAUCUCAGUACAAAGAAUCUGAGAAAUAUAUCGACAAAUGUCCGAAGAAGAUCCAGUCGGAUCAAUAUACAACGAAACUCACAAAACUCCGAGAUCACAACCUGAAUGAGAAUUUGCGUUCUAAUUUGAAAGAGUAUGAAGAUAUAUCCUCGCAGGAUCUUUUACGACAUCACGAGGAUAGCGGAAUCGACAUGUCACCGAUAAAAAAAGAAAAUGAUAAUUUGGAAGGCGAAGAAUUUCUCGAAAGAGCGAGAAAGGUGAAUCCGAUUGGUAUCGCACGUGAGAUAAGACUAUUAAUAAUGAUGGUGGAUGGUCCUGACUCAAUGGAGACACACGUUCAUCCUGAAGAAUCCGACGAGAUGAAUUCAGAAAUGAUGAUGCGAAGAAACGAGGAAACGUCGCAACGAACCAUCCCUUCAACCACCACUAUAAGCACCAUAGCUGUGCAAAGCGGAGAAACGCGUGUAGUAAUCGCUCUGCUUCAAAGUGGAGAAUGGCUGAAGCUGAAAAUACUCGAGCUACAACCAGAAUUAACGAGACUCGGUGCUUCCGUAAAAGAAGCUACGGAACUCUCGAAUGCGCACGACCAAGUAUUACAUCGAUUGCAGAACAAGCAAAGUCCGGUGGAAGAAUUGUUACGGCAGGCUGAUCAAUUAAUUGCGACCGAGAGAUCAAAAGCGGAAGUAUACGCGGCCAUGGCAGAAACAUUGGGUCAAGCGUGGCGCGAUGUAAAUCAACUUUUAGAACGUCGUAAGGAGAUACUUGACCGAAACGUUUUAUUUCAAUGUCGAGCGACAGAAUGUAAAAAGAGUAUGGAGGCGUUGGAAAUGGCAUGUAACGACACGUUACUGCCGAUCGAGAUCGAAGCGGUGAAAAGUUUUCUAUCCAAGAUCCAGGACCUCCGCAAGGAUGUGCUGGAAGCACUGAUGGGUGCGUUGCGAGAAGGCAAGACGUUGUUGGAUGGACUUAAAGCAUUGGCGAACGAAGGCACCUUAGAUUCCAGACCGGACACGAUUAAAGACGAAGCUAAUCACGCCAUCCUGCGGGUUGAAAGGUGGCUGGAGGAGCUUCACGAUAGAAGACGGCUGAUCGAGACGUCUUUCCGUAGUAGAAAGACUCAAUUGGAACAAUGUCUCGCUCUCGCGUUGCUCGCGACCGAUCUUCGCGAUCUUGAAGAAAUUCUCAACGACAGAAUCGCCGCGUUAGCGAGCAGCUGUGAUCAACUAGGGGAUUCGGCGUCUAGCGCCGAACUGCUUCUCUUCGAGAUCAAGAAAUUGCAAGCCGAAGCAAAGGAUUUUCAAGAUAGAUCUAUUAAAAUAACUAAAUCGACCGAACGAUUAGUGUCAUCGGGACACUUUGCUGGCGAACAAGCGACCGAACAGGCGUACGCGAUUCUUAGUGUCGCCGCCGAUUAUAUCAACGACUUGGAUCAGCAUAAUACACUGUUGAACAGAGCGAUGAUCUUUUUCGAUCUUGCACGAUCGGCUAUCACAAAACUGGAUCAAUUAGAAAUUCAAUUAAUGACGACGGAGCAUCCUCCUUAUUCUGCGCAACUCGCACGUUUUCACGCGCAAACUGUGACUACCAUAGAAGAUGUGACUUCGAAGCCCUUGUCGGAAGGAUAUGCACUGUUGGAUAUCACAGGAAGAGGAGCGCCCGGUGCCGAGGGUAUAAGAAACACUGUAGAGGAAUUGGAAAAUCGCAAGAUACGUUUGAUGGAACGGUGUACAGCUCAUAAAGAGGAGAGUCUGGAGAUUUCGAGGAUGCUUGCCACCUUCUUGGAUAAACACGACGCCUUACGAUCUUGGCUGACGAGCAUCGCUGAAGCCUUUCUGCAAGGACAUCAAGACAUGGGCAGCGAUUUGACAAUGGCAUGUGAUUUUCGUCGAGUUCAUUGUCAACUGCUCUCUGAUCUGGAGAAUAAGAGCGAGGAAGUGGAUCAUUUAGAAUUCGAGAUUCUUCCAAUUGUAGAACGUCUGGACGAGACACAGAAAUACGAAUUGCGAUCUAAAAUACAAAAUCUUGAAGACCAGUGGGCGAAAAUAAAGCUUGCGGUGCUGAAAAGAAUCGAUUUAGGUACACUUUACAUACAGUUUCACGAGAUUAUCGAAGAAUUGAGCAAUGAAAUGGAUUCUAUCGAUAACGAAUUGAAAAAGUGUGAAGUUACGUUAGAUGAGACCAGAAUCGAUGAGCUGGAAAGAAGAUGGAAGUCUCUUGAGCCUCUUUACAAGAACCUCGAUAAUCGUGCAAAAGCAUUUCUCGAUGAAACUGGCAAUAUUGAUGACUCUUAUCUCGAUAUAUCGCGAGCUUGCCUGUGUGUCCAGACUCUUUUGGAGAAAUUUGCCAAUCGACAAUUGGUCGUGACAGAAUCAUGGGAAAAAUGGCAGACUACUAUUGAAAUUACGAGACAGAGGCGAAUUGAGUGCGAGCGAAAAGUUGAAGAAAGCACAAAGACAUUAGUUUGGAUUACAAAACUUGAGACAAUGUUGUAUCCAGUAAUUACAACACGAUCCUCUACAACAGCCGAUAUUCUGGAUAAUUUAAAGGAUGUAAGAUUACGCAUUUUAUCUGAAUUAAACACGGCUCUUCAGGAAUUGGAUAUGAGAAUCAAAAGUAUUCGAGUAUUUGUCGAAAAAGGUGAUGUUAAAACAACCGAGCAGAUCUCAGAAAGACUUGUGCAAAUGUACGAAAAUAUGACUACUGUUGCCAAGAAUUAUGAUACACUACUAGAAUCCUUAAUCUCUAUCUUUAAGAAUCUCGAGGAGAUUGAGCGUCAAAUUGAUCAAGCAAAGCAAGAAAUUGAACGUGUGUUAAGUCUUACAAGAUCCAUUGAUGUGGAUAGCGCAUUAAUCGAAUUUGACAUAUUAAAAACGUCCAUUGCGGAAUCUUUGCUACGAGUACAUACAAAAUCUGAAGAAAUAAUCGAGAAUAUUAGACUGCAGGAACCAUUAGAUUCAGCGACGCAGGAUGUCGAAAAAUUAAAACGCACGAUAGAUUCCGUGGUCUCCGAGUUCGAAUUGUUACAAAUCGAAACAUCAAGUCGUCUCGAAAGACAUCGACGAGUUUGUAUCUUUAGAGAGGAUAUCGAAAAGAUUAAUUCGGAUCUCCGCGACUUGAGCGAGCAAUUAAAAAACACGGACGAGAAAAUCGGCGACAAUUUGUCGGCGUCGAGAGCAAUAUUGGCUGCUUUUGAACAGUUCGAACAAACUAUAAUAACUUUGGAGGAACGAAUUGAGACCUUUGUGAAAAAAGCGGACGAAACGAUCGUUCCGUUAACGCCACAAAUGACGGAUGACAUUUUAUCUUUGCGAAACAGAUGGGAUCAUCUGAGGAAUUGCGUUAAAAAUACCAAGAAACGUCUAAAUUUAAGUAUCGAAUAUUUCAUACUCUUGGAGGAAGCAAAGCAAUGGUUUAGGGAAGGUAGCAAACUCUUGGUAAUUGUUGCACGUAAGGCAACAACCGUGAAAAUGCCUGAAGAAGCUACAGAUUUAAUGCGAGAGAUCGACGCUUUUAUAAAACCGGGCGAAGAACAGCAAGAGAAAAGGAUCGAAGAGCUCAAACGAUUAUCGACGGUAGUUUUCGGUACCGACAGACUCCCGCAAUUCACCGAAGUGGUUGUAGAGAAUCGACAAAUGUUAGAUUCUUUCGCAGUCGUUUCUUCCGAAUUGCAUACUCUGAGUCAAAAUUUACAAAAUGCCGAGGAUCUGCGUGAGAGGCUGCGAAUCGAGAAGCUGGAAGCUGACAAGAAAUUACAGGCUGCUAAAAUAGAGAUGGCCGCGGUGGAAGCUGCCAGAGUGGAAGCUGAAAAUGCGAGGAAACUUGCGGAACAGCUUGCCGCUGAAACCUUGGACAAAGCUGCGAUAGAGGCAAAAAAAUUGAAAGAGGAGGAAGCACGAAAAAUUACUCUUCCCGCUCCUUCUCAUUCUGUCUCUGCUCAAACCGAGGAGACAAUAGAGACUAAAAUUGAAGAAACGAUUACUUCCGCGGUGACAACCAAAGAGAUUCAUAUUCUUCAGAAGAUGGAAGUCGAGAAAAGUGUUCCGAUCAUUCAAAAGGAAGCUAGAAAUCUUGUAUCCGAGGAAAUACAUCAUGAAAUAUGCGAUCAUGCUGAAGACACGCAAGUUGACGAAGUAGUUUCACUGGCUCCAGAAUUUACAGUUCCUUUAAGCGACGCGACGGUUCAGGAAGGCAAGGAAUUCAGUUUCGAAUGUCGCUUGAUUGGUCAGCCGACGCCUGAAAUAGUCUGGUACAAAGACGGAAUAUCAAUUUUGAAUAAUUCGGACUACGUAACGACUUAUACAGACGGUAUUUGUACCUUGAAGAUAGAAGAGACAUUCGCUGAGGAUUCCGCAAAGUAUACUUGUCGCGCAUUUAAUAUUCGCGGCUCUGUUGAAACAUCGGCCACUCUUUCUGUCACAGAAACUGUCACUGAGGAGCAACCGAGCGCUCCAGUUUUCGUGAAAGAACUGCAGCCCUCUUCCGCGAGAGAAGGAAGCUCACAUAGAUUAGAAUGCACUGUUGAGGGAAAUCCUCUUCCGACGGUGCAGUGGUAUAAGAAUGACAUCAACAUUGACAAUUCUCCAGAUUACGUCAUCACUUUUAAUAACGGGGAAGCUAUUUUGAAGUUUGAUGAAGUUUUCUUGGAGGAUAAAGCUUUGUACACCUGUAAAGCAAUGAAUCGAUGGGGACAAUCGUCUACUACUGCUUCUUUAGACGUGGAACCCGCGCAAAUUUCCACGAAGAAACCGUACUUUGUGACAUCAUUGUCAAACGCUACGGUCAAGAUAGGGCAAAGGGUGAAACUGGAAUGCGAAGCUAAAGGAGAACCAAUUCCCGAAUUAAACUGGACUCACGAUGGAAAGCCGAUUGAGGAAACUAGAUAUCAUAAGAUCCAAACGGACGGUGCACGAACAAGCCUGGUUAUCACGGAAGCAUUUCUGAAGGAUGCCGGAUGUUACACAGUGAUUGCCAAGAACGAAGUCGGAGAGGCCACCGCAUCUUGCACAGUUUCCGUGAAAAGACGUUCGCCUCACGAAACCAACGAAUCCGAUAUCGUUUGUAGUAACAUCGAGUCGAUAAUUCCGAAAUUUCAAUUGCCUCUGCAGGAUCUCAAGAUACAAGAGGGACGAUCGGCUAGGCUAGAUUGCGUGAUUAUAGGUCAUCCCGAACCAGAGGUGAUUUGGUAUCACGGCGAACAACCCGUGAAAGAGUCGUCGGACUUUCAAUUACUCUUCCAAGGUGACAGAUGUUCGCUAGUUAUUCAUGAAGCUUUCUUGGAUGAUGCCGGUGUAUAUAAAGUAGUCGCCAUUAAUUCUGGCGGUGAAGCUUCUAGUCAGUGUACAUUAACAGUUACACCUGCACACAUCUCGGAUGAAGUCGAUCGAGUACAGGAAGCGGGAGAAAUCCUUGUUGAAGGUUCCGCGCCAAAGUUUGUUAGACUUCCGACAGAUUUGCUUAUAGCCGAAGGCGAAGAUGCGAUUUUCGAAUGCGUCGUGACUGGAGAACCUAAACCUGAUCUGAGAUGGUAUUCGGAUGACGGUGAAGUUACUCAUAGCGAAAGAAUUCUGCUUGAGAAAAGGGAAGAUGGAACAGGACGUUUGAAAAUGUUGUCAACGAUACCGGAAGACAAAGGCAAUUAUGUGGCAAAGGCCAUAAACAUACAUGGCGAGGCGAAAGCUUUCGCUAGACUGGUUGUGAAAUCGCUCGGUGAUUUUAAGAGAAACGAAGAAUUUAUACAAAUGGAAGAGAAAUUGAUUCGACCAACGUUCAAAGAAGUAUUUGAGGACAGAAAAAUACCCGAAGGCAUUUCGACAAAGUUUGAAUGCAUCGUCAUCGGUAAACCUUCUCCCAAGAUUCAGUGGUUGUUUAAUGAUCGGCCGGUUCAUGGAAAAGAUUUUCUAGUUUCCGUUAGCGGAGAUCGGCAAGUUUUAACUAUUCCUGAGGUCGGAGAUGCGCAUGUCGGCACGAUUUCUUGUGUAGCGGAAAACGCGGCUGGUAAAGCGAUUUGCAGUGCUAAAGUGGAAAUUGAUAGUGAAUCGGUGAGGCAGAUCUCAAGUGAAAUCGAAAAAGUGCUCGAGUUAUCUCCACAUCCUCCUGCAGACAUAAUGCAUCCUGCAAGCAGUAGCGACAAGCAAUUCUCAAGUGAGAAAACAAGUCACGAAGGCGGUAGCGAGAGUCAAGUGCUAACAAAAAUGUCGUCGACCGUCACGCAUUCCUCGACAACGUCCACGAAGAAGGAAUUUCUAUCAUCAUCUAUGACUUUAUCGAAAUCCGGGCAGGAACCUACCAGUGUUUGCACAAAAACAACUGUACAAAGUUCGGAGCAGUCUACUUCGGAGAACGGAGCACCACCUGUCGUGCAGGCUCACAGAGUCGAGGAGUACGAAAAAAUUAUACAGGAUCGACCUGGCGAGGUGCGACAAGAGAAAACUGUUCUUGUAUCUGAAGAGACGGAUGGUGUAAAACGUGACAUCAAAACGAAUCAAAUUCAGAAGCCAUCUCGAAAACCGGUAGCGCCUAGAUUUGUCUCGCCGAUUACAGGGAUGAUUGUCGAUCAAGGAGAGGAUAUUGUUUUCGAGGGUAUCAUCGAUGGUUUUCCACAACCGACGGUUUUGUGGACAAAAAACGGUGGUCAAGAAUUGACAUCAAAGGAUAAUGUGAAAAUCAGCUACGCUCACAAUCACGUGAAAUUGGAACUUAAAAAUGUUAACGUAAAGGAUGCUGGACGUUAUACUUGCACAGUGAGCAACGAUGUUGGAAAUUCCAGUAGUACAGCCGAUCUUGUUGUUAAAAAGACCAUAUUUCCCCCGGUUUUCGGCAAACGUCUCAAGGCUCAAGUAGCGAAGAAGGGCGACCGUGUUAUUAUGGAAGUAGAAAUCACCGGUGUACCCGAUCCUACGGUCAGUUGGUAUAAAAACGAUGUGCCAAUCAAUGAACGACCACCAGAACUGAGAAUUACUCAACAAGGAAAUUGUUACACAUUAUUCGUAGACAAAGUAAAAGAAGAAGAUGCUGGCAAAUACAUGGUACGUGCGACAAACGCCGGUGGCGAGGCUCAGAGCAUCGCUGAUGUUGCAGUUUAUGAACCGAAACCCGAUACUAUGGUCGAGGUGCACAAAACUGUCAUUUACGAAAACAUCCAGGAUAAAAGUGGCGUCCAGUCUGAGGCGAAGAAAGAAGAAAUAUCAUCGGGUGUUUUAACAUCAGCGAUUCAACCGAGCUUAUUAUUCAAGCCAAUUACGACACCGACAUCGAUCGCAGUCGACACCGUGCAAAAGAUCGAUGGAUCGGAGAUAAAGUCUAGUAAAUUGGAAACGAUCUCGUCUAUAAUCGAAUCUCACGAAUCCGAAACGAAAACGGAACAGAAGUUUCAUAUGAAACUGGAACAUAAAGCUCCACCAAUCGUGGAAUCCAAGUCACGAACCGAGCAAACAAUUGCGAUAAAGAAGGCUGAUGAAAGGAAAGACGUGUCGGAGCCGAUAAAAACGGAAGAUAAAUCAAUUGAGAAUGAAAACAUAGAGACUUCAACGAUUGCGAAGAAAGAUGCAUUGAGCUUUUUCGAGUCUAUUACGAAAGAAAGCGAGACAAUCCCGAAAGGACCGAAAGAUAUGAUUAAGCUGACAGAGGAGGGACAAGCUCAAGCAGCUAAAGUUGGGAAAUUAACGCAAAAUUACGAAAGGUCAACGUUUCAAGAGGUAAAGAAAUCGACGGAAGCAAAACCGUCAGAAUUUCAGGUAACAAAAAAGGCCGUUCAGGAUAUUUUCACCAGAUUGGAACAAGGAUCAUCACCUCGCGGAGUGGAAAACAAGCUGUUUGAAUUUCCAUAUGAGAGUCCUAAACCAACGGAAGUAAAAAAAACGACUUUGGAGGAAAGGAUAAUUUCCGACUCGUCCAUCUCGCAACAGCAGACAGAAAGUUUCGAAACGUUGAUGAAAAGUUUCAAUCUGGUUCCGGAACCACCUCCCGAGAUAUGUUACAUGCCGAAGCCGGAGGAGGCGAAAAAGAAACGGCCUGAUGUGUUUGUCAAGGCAAAGCAGCUGCAAGAGUCUUUCGACAAGACGAUUUCCCCAAUAGAUGCUCCUAUCGGAGGCGUGAAAAUUUUUCCUACCACUCCUUCCACUCCGAAAAUAUUAGAACCCAUCAAACCCGCCGAACCUAUAUUCACCAUACCACCACCUUUCGAACUUGAAAAGAAAGAAGCGUUCGAAGAGACAUGUAUGAAGAGAGAGACAUAUGAAAAGAAGGAAAGUAAAUUUAAGGAAGAAAAGAUCGAACCGUCGAAAUACUCAUCCAUUUUGAGAAGUGUUUCUCCCAGCAGACCAUGGUCGUCAUCGUCGGAUGUGGAAACUAAAUCGCAUGUAUCUACAGAUUUGUCGGAAUACAGAUCUCAUUCGGCCGCUUCUAGUCACCAGGAAGUUCUGAGAGCAACGUCGCCGAAACCAUCCGCGGACGCGCUGGCGAUGGAAAAAUCCUGGGCGAAAAAAUACGCGGAUUCGAAUAGAAAGUCCUGGCCACCUCAGGCCGAAUCCGCUCAGAAACGCGAAUGGAAUAUUCCCGUCGACGAAUAUAAGAGCUCCUCAAGAGAAUUCACGCAGAAGAUCGAGGAGACCCCGCAAGGUGGAAUAAAAAAGAUUAGCACGGAAUCAUCCGCCAAUGUGGAGAAACGUUCCUGGUCCAGCAAAGAAGAAUUUACGGAAAAGAUAGUGGAGGGAUCUUUGCCUACGUUAAAACUUGGUCCGAUAAUCUAUAACGCCGAGACGAUUAAAGUCGAUCAUACUGUGAAUAAAGCACAGGAGAAAGCUCUGUUCGAGAAAUACAUGAGUGAGUGCAAUGUGGAUAAAACGGAAACGAUACAGAAAUUUGAAGAGUUUAGCUCGAAACGCUUGACGGAGGACAAAGAAUUAAAAGCACCGAGUUUAGUAAAGAAGGUUGAGCCAGUCGUGACUCCGCGUCAGGAUCUUAUUGAAACGGAAGUCGAUUCGCUCGUCCUCAAACCAGGAUCACCUCCGGAAAUUGGAUAUAUUCCUCCGCCAUUCUCUGUAAAAGAUGAAACUAUAUUGGAGCAAAAGAUAGAGAAGCGGGAAGAACCACCUGUACUUCCACCGAAAGAAGCGCGUAUCACGCCACCGCCGCUUCCGGCCAAAAAGCCCGUCAAGGCCUCGACGCCGGUGCCAUCGAAGUUCAUGAAGGGUUCGUUUAGCCACGAGAGCGAUUACGAGUCCGAUUUCGAAAGUCGUCUGAGAGCGAAGUGGAGACCGUACGAGAGCGACAACGAAGAGCCGCAUUAUCGGAGAGUGAAGGCACCUGUUUCGAAACAAUCGACGAGACCGAGAUCCACCGAACCCGAGCCACUUCCACCUUCCAAAUUCGAGACUCCCGCGCUCUUCGCAGGACCGUCCAGCACCCUCGUUACUGCAGAAUCUGCCGAAAAGUCAAUCAAAAAGACGACGUUUAAACGACACGAAAGGGAAUCCAAGCAGCAACAAAGUUCGAGUCCCUUAAAACCCGGUUCUCCACCGAUUUACGUGCAACCAACUAUAAAGAGUACCGCUCCGAAAUCUCCUUGCACCAAGAAACCAGACUCUCCGAAGUUCAAGACGAAAGUUUUUCAACAGGAAAGCGGUUACAUGGCGGACACGGACGAGCCGUUUCAGCAGAAAGCUUCGUCUACGACGACCAUGACGCAGAAAUCUUUCGGUAAACGCGAUGUUUCUUCGACAAUUCACACGGAGAGCCGUACUACGUGCACGGAAAGCAGGAUGAAGUCUUUCGAAAGCCACAGUUAUGAAACUGAUCACUUACGAAAAGAGGAGUCUUCUUCUUUCGUUUCGUCACCUGUUUGUACACCGACGCCUCCCAAAGUUGUUCAACAACAACAACGCAGCGAGAAGAUUUAUUCCUCGAUGACUAGCAGCGGUUUAGCAAGCAGAUUCGAAUCCCUGAAGGAAACGGGAGGGCCUUCCAUCGAUCAGAAAAAAUUGGAAGCAGUGGAAAAGAUUAUGUCAAUCUCUCCGAGUCCUUCGAAAUUUGUGAAGGGCGAUUUCCGUGAGAGCGACUAUGAAAGCGACUAUGAUCGCAUAACACCGCCGUGUCGCUUGAGCAGCUCUACGAAAUUUGUCACCGAUUCAGGAAAACCAGCGAAGCCGAGCAAGUAUACGAUAGCAUCGACAAAGCCGAAGACAGUUCUCUUACCCGGUUCUCCGCCGGAAAUCGCGUACGCGCCACCGCAGCAACCGCAACGGCAAACAUUUUACGAGGCUCGUGCAGGCGUGCCGUUUACCAACGCGGUGGGCACCGAAACCAAGAAGACCAUGAGGAUGGACGAGUCGACCGAGACUGCCAGGAGAGUCGUCACUGUCGAGCAAACGAGCCGCGUCAUCAAGUUCGGCGAGCAGAAACAGCAACCGCAUUAUCGCGUGCCCGUACCAACCAAAUUUGUCCAAGGACAAUUUCGCGAGUCCGAUUACGAGAGCGACGUAGACUCUGGCAGAAUUCGGCCGAAGUGGACCCCGGCCGACAGCGACACGGAGGAGCCGCAUUACCGAAGAGUUCAACCUCCCGCGGCUAAGAGCCCGAGAUCGUCGAGUGCUCCGGUUAGGCAGACACACGUCGUGUCGCCGAUGGAGUUUGACACCGGUCCUCCGAGGACUCCGACCUCGUUGAUCCGCAGAGAGGAGAUUGACGGAACCAUCAGCCAUCAGAGAUACCAGCAGCAACGAACAGCUUCCGGAAAGAGCGACAGCAUUCUGCAACCUGGUUCGCCACCCGAAUACGGAUUUGUUUCGAGGAGCGACGUGAAAAACGCUGCGGAUCACAUCGCGUCACGUCAUAUGAGUGAUAUGACGAGCAGCUUCAAAUCGAAAACCGAGAAAUUCGUAAGUGAUAUCCAGUCGGACUUGAGGCAGAGCAAACCGAUUUUGAAGCAUCCUGUCGAUUCAAGGACGACGGAUAGGGACGAGCCGAGAACUUAUAGAGAAGAAUCGCGAGUCUCCGAACACGGAACAAAACAAAUCGAUCCGGACACUGGACUCAUAUAUUUCAAGUAUGACUUUGGUUAUGAAUUCGGUAUUCUUUUACCCGGCGAGGGUAAAAAGACGGUUCAAAGCAGUCAGAAGAGCAUUCAAGGACAGAGACGCGCCAGCGACGUGGAAGUGCCUAUAGUCCACGAAUUUACUGAGAAGAAAGCGAAUGGUUUCGCGAAGAAGGGCACAUUCUCGAGUCGCCAGACCAAGCCGGGAAACAAAUUCGGUAACUCGAAGACUGUCAAGUGGGAGCCGACGUCGGAAAGCGAGUUUUCCGAAGCGGAGGACGCGAAACGUCUCACGAAAAAACAAUCGGGGCUGGAAAGCUCGAUGAUGGCGCCUCCAAGUCUCAUCAUACCUAGCCCCGUAUCGCCGUCAAAAUGGGAUCGCAUUACGCCUAGCCCGAUUUCUCUUAGUCCAAGCUUGCCGAGCCUAUCUCCCAGACAUAGUAGCGCUACUGGACCACCUAGCAAUGUGGAUUCUGCAGGUUCACCGUGGCCGACCAGUAACGGCGUGUCAUCGACCAAAGAAGUAAUUCAGCCUUACCUCGACAUAUUACCGAAAAAGGCUCCUAUAUUUAUCACGCCACUGAAAGAUAUCGCAGUAAUAAGCGGACAAUCAGCUAGAUUCGAGUGUAUCGUUCAGGCUGAACCGCAGCCUAAUAUUCUUUGGUCAAAGGAUCGUAGGAUCGUUGAAAAUUCUGCGAGUCAUGACAUCCAAUAUAGAAAUGGCGUUUGCCGUCUUACCGUAAUAAGAGCUUUUCCCGAGGAUGCUGGAACUUAUGCGUGCACGGCAACGAACAGUCUAGGUUCCACCGUAACUUCCGCCAAUUUAGAGGUGCCAGGCGCAACGUCAUCGAUAUACGAUGUUUAUCGUUAUCCAAAGGAAAGCAUAAUCGAACGAUUUCAGGAUACACCAAAAUAUGUGGCUUUAAAAGAUUUAUUCCUGUCGCAAGAUAAAAAUGUUACGCCCACUACGAAUUGUGAACAACCGUACGAGUCUUUUUAUGAUUUCGGAUUCACUACAGAUUGCAGUUUCAUAGAAGGAAACAAUCGCGAGAAUGUGACGAGAGAUUUCGAUGCAAUAAAGGGGGAAAAUGACAUUGGACAUGAAUUAGAUAGCAUCUAUACGAAGGACAAACUUGACAUCAAUAAUUUGCGUUUGGAUAUCAAGCUGCCUUUGUAUAAUCGCGAAGGAGAGCACAAUGUGACAAAUGUUCAAGGGGAGAUCGUAAUGCAAACGACGCCAACGGUACCAGUAUUUACCGGCAAACCUGGUGAUCCAUCACCGCCGAUUUUUGAACGAAUCUUUAAAAAUGCGAGAUUCGCGCAGGGCGGCAACGCAAUUUUCGAAGGUUGCGUCCGAGGUAAUCCAAAACCAACAGUUUCUUGGACGCAUAAAGGAAUACCGUUGCUAGAAUCACGAAAGAUUCGAAUGUCCUAUGACGAAUAUACUGGAAUUGUCACCCUUCAAAUUAAUCAGAUUGGUCCAGGGGACGAGGGCGAGUACACGUGUAGUGCAAAGAAUCAGUAUGGCGAAGCGAUUUGCUCAGUUUACAUACAACCAGAAGGAUUUGGUCCUCCAGCGCAACAACUGUCGGAUAGUUAUAAGAAGGAAUUUACGCAAAGCAUUCAGUCGAGCGAACAAAAAAUGCAGACCGGCAGUCAGGUCUUCCAACAACGUUAUCAACAAACGAUAGAUAAACGAAGUUACGUUAAUGGCACGUCUACGAGCAUCGAAGAUUUUAAGGUUGAUACCUUCGAAUACAGAUUAUUGCGCGAAUCGGAGUUUCGCGAAUCGAUCACUCGCCGUUUCGUGGGUGAAUCUGAUUUGCAAAUUUCUACAACAGUCGAUCGUACCUUAGGACCGAUUGCUCCUCCGCAAAUCACUCAGAAACCGAGAAACUCGAAACUCGUCGAAGGAACGGAUGCCGUCUUCACCGCAAAAAUAACUGGCAAUCCUAAACCAAGGUUAACAUGGUUCAAGAACGGCCAGAGAGUCCGAGAUACCCAACGUGUGGAGACGAGCUAUUCGAACCAACAGGCUACCUUACGAAUCCGAGCCGCCCUGUCGGAAGACAGCGGUCAUUAUACAUUAUUGUCCGAAAAUCCUCAAGGCUGCACCGUUAGCUCCGCUUAUCUGGCAAUUGAGUCCAGCGAUCAAGUAGAUCAAGUUCCGUAUCAAGCGCAUCAAAGGGAAUUUAUUAAGACUCAACAAACGGAAUCGACCACCGAGUCUGCUGACUCUGGCAAAGUUCUACCGCCGAAUUUUGUCCGCACCAUCACGGACAGAGAAGCUACCGAAGGCAAAAUGACGCGAUUUGACUGUCGCGUAACUGGUCGUCCGUAUCCCGAAGUUACUUGGUAUAUUAAUGGUCAACAAAUCGCCAAUGACAUGACUCAUAAAAUCCUCGUAAACGAAUCCGGCAACAAUUCAUUGAUGAUUACAAACGUGAGUCGUACCGAUGCCGGCGUAGUAACAUGCGUUGCUCGGAAUAAAGCUGGCGAAACCUCCUGUCAGUGCAACUUGAGCGUUAUCGAGAAGGAACAAGUGAUCGCGCCGAAAUUUGUGGAACGUUUUGUCACUACGAGCGUGAAGGAAGGAGAACCCGUUGUUUUUAUGGCACGUGCAGUCGGCACGCCGGUUCCACGUAUCACGUGGCAAAAGGACGGCGUACCGAUAACGCCUGGUCCCGAAAUCCGUAUAUCGAGCGACGGUAGCGGAGCUUCGACCCUGGAUAUUCCAUGUGCCAAGUUCUCAGAUGCAGCCUGGUAUCAAUGCACCGCUCAAAAUGUAGCCGGUUCCACCGCGACACGAGCGCGGCUCUUCGUCGAGACGCCAAAAGGAACGGCCCCGGAACCAAGACGCCUGAACUUACCCCGACCUACGAAAGUCAUCGAACCAGAACCAGCGCCUGGCCCCGAAGUGAUUUAUUUGAGACACGUGGAGCGUGCUAAGCCUUAUCUGCCGCCUCCUGAAGAAGAUAAGAUUUAUCCGCCGCCACGUUUCAUUAUACCGUUAAGAGAUGUUCAUCAAAUCGAAGGUGGACGAAUUCACUUCGAGGCCAGAAUCGAACCGGUGGGCGAUCCCACGAUGAGGGUGGAGUGGUAUGUUAAUGGCAGAGCACUCGACGCAAGUUCCCGGGCGACUUCCAUCUUCCGUUUCGGUUUUAUAUCACUCGAUCUUAUUAGCAUCGUUCUUCAAGAUAGCGGCGAGUACUUAUGCCGUGUUGUAAGCUCUACCGGAGUCGCCGAAUCUCGAGCCACCCUCAGCGUAACCCCGCGCGCCACGAUUGAACAGGCGAGCCAAUACCCCGACAGUCUCCAGUACAUCCAGCAGCUCGAGGAUUACAGCAAGUACCAAAGGCAGGAGAGCGUGGAGGAGACCUCUUCACAGCGGCCGGUUUUCAUCCGCCCGCUCCAGGAUCUUGGUGAGCUACAGGAAGGUCGUAACGCCCAUUUCGAGGCGCAAUUGACGCCUGUUAGCGAUCCCACCAUGAAAGUGGAGUGGUACAAGGAUGGAAAACCAAUCACAGCUAGCUCGAGAAUCACUAGCAUCUUCAACUUCGGUUACGUCUCACUCAAUAUAAUGCACCUACGGGCUGAAGAUGCGGGUUCUUAUACUGCGCGAGCUGUGAACCGCUUGGGAGAGGCCAUCAGCUCCGCGACUCUCCGUGUCUUCGCGCGAACAAGCGUAACGACAGACUUGGGUAUCCCCGAGCAACUGAGGUACAUCGAGGCUGCCGAGGAAUUGGAAGCCUAUCAACAAGCAAUGCACCAAAAGUACGUGCAGGAGCAGCCUGAACCGAGCAGCCCACCGGAAUUUAAAUCGCCUAUUAAAGAUCAAAGCGGCAUACGAGAAGGCGGAUUUGCUCAUUUUGAAGCGCGCCUUGAACCAGUCGGCGACGCCGAUCUUCGUGUCGAGUGGCUUAAGGAUGGACGACCUGUAGAAGCUAGUUCACGAAUUACAACUUUCUUCAAUUUCGGUUACGUGGCGCUGACCAUUAAAUAUGUAACGAUACACGAUGUCGGCGUAUACACUUGCCGAGCUUACAACAGGGCUGGCGAGGCUCAUACUACUGCUCAAUUAAGCGUAAUUAGUAAGAAUGAUGUUAUUUAUGAUAGUCAGCAUCCUACCGGUCUUCAAAAAAUUCAAUCUCUCGAAGAUUCGAGCAGAUACUCGCGACAAAUUCAAGAGGAAACGCAGAUUACGCAGGCACCACGAUUCCUAGGCAAUCUUAAAGGCACUAAUAAGAUUGUAGAGGGUCAACGGGCGCAUUUUGAGGCACGCGUAGAACCUCAAAGCGAUUUAAGCAUGACGAUUGAGUGGUACCACAACGGCAAAUCUAUCACUGCCGCUAAUAGAAUCCAGACUUAUCACGAUUUCGGAUACGUCUCCAUUGAUAUCCUUCAAGUUCGACCCGAAGACGCUGGCACUUAUACCGUUGUGGCUAGAAACUCUCGCGGAGAAGCCCGUUUGUCCGCCACCAUGACUGUAGAAACGCGUUCCAGCAUAGAUACCAGCAGUAUGCAUCGCGGCACUUACGAAAAGACUCAACGUUUAGAAGAAUCCAAGUUCAUCGAGCCGCAUUAUCAUAUCGAAGAAAUCUCGAAAUCAAAACCGAUUUUUAUUCAGCCGUUGAGCGAUCCUAAGCCGGUUAGCGAGGGCAAGAAUAUUCACUUAGAGUGUCGCUUGGAACCGAUGGGCGAUCCAACGAUGAGAGUUGAAUGGUUUCAAAACGGACGCCCGGUCACGGUUGGCUCCAGAUUCAGGACUUACUACGAUUUCGGAUUCGUCGCGCUAGACAUAGUACACACUACUGUUUACGAUUCCGGCGAAUAUACGGUGAGAGCUACCAAUCAUCUGGGCACCGCGCACACUUCCUCUUGCGUGAGAGUCAUCGGAAGAUCCGACGUCGUCACUGAAACACAGAACGAACAAUCGCUGGAGCAGAUACAAAUGUUGGAGGACUCAUCGAGGUACCGCAAAACUCAACAAGAAGAAGUCACUGUGAUGCAAGCGCCUCAAUUCACUCGACCUUUGCACAACAUCGAGACCGUGGAAUUGACCAACGUUCAUCUUGAAUGUCGUCUACAGCCAGUCGGUGACGUGACUAUGAAGGUCGAUUGGUUCGUCAACGGUCGACCGGUCAAAACUGGUCAUAGAUUUAGACCAUCUUACGAAUUUGAUUACGUGGCUCUAGAUAUUCUUGGCGUUUAUCCUGAAGAUUCGGGCGUGUACACUUGUCAGGCUAGAAAUCAGCUCGGCGAGGCAGUUACUUCGUGUUCCGUAAGAGUCCACGCAAAGAAAGAUUUAAUCCUGGAAUCUCAACAUCCCGAAGGAUUGGAAAGGAUACAAUACUUGGAGGAUGCUUCGCGAUACAAGAGACACGAACUCGUCGACGAGGUUGUUAAUGUAAAGCCGAAAUUUAUUACAAAGCCGAAAAAUCAGGAAAAUCUUCGAGAAGGACAUCACGCUCAUUUCGAAUGCAAACUGGAGCCAGUAACAGAUUCGAAUUUGAAGGUCGAAUGGUUCAAGAAUGGUCGUCCAGUAACGAUAGGACACCGUUUCCGUCCGAUUCAUGAUUUCGGUUACGUUGCAUUGGAUGUAAUUGAUCUGAUCGCUGAGGACUCUGGAACUUACACGUGUCGUGCAGUUAAUCUGGUAGGCAGCGACGAAGUGAGCUGCAUCUUAACAUGUCGCUCGGGCGCGCAAAUCUUAACAGACACGCAAAAUGAGCUUGGACUUGAGCAGAUUCAUUAUCUUGAAGAUAGAUCCAGAUAUCAAAGGCAAGAAGUUAUUGAAGAAACCACCACUCAGGCGCCCAUUUUCACGACUUCGUUAAAUAAUGUCGAGAUAAAAGAAGGUCAACGAGCGCAUUUCGAGUGCAGAUUAAUUCCAGUGUCCGAUGCAACGAUGAAAAUUGAAUGGUUUCACAAUAAUAAACCAGUGAAAGCAGGCUCAAGAUUUGUCGAAACAAAUAGUUUCGGUUUCGUCGCACUCGAUAUCAUGUAUGCAUAUCCUGAAGAUUCUGGAACAUAUACUUGCAGAGCUAAGAAUAUUAUUGGCGAAGCUAUCACUUCCGCAACUGCUAUCGUUCACUCCAAAAAGUCAAUCUACACGGAGACUCAAAGCGAGGAAACACUUCAACGCCUUCGCACUUUGGAGGACACGUCUCGUCAUCAACGUAAAACAACAACUGAGGAAAUUGUUACGCAAGCUCCCGUCUUUACGUUACCGAUCAAAGAUCUUCGUGUUGCUGAGAAUCAGGCAGCGCAUUUCGAAGCACGUGUCAUCCCGGUUGGAGAUCCCAAACUCAAGGUGGAAUGGCUGCGUAACGGAGUUCCUAUUUCAGCCUCAAAUCGUGUAACGACCAUGCACGACUUUGGAUACGUCGCAUUAAACAUGAAGUACGUCAAUCCCGAAGAUUCAGGCACUUAUACGUGUCGCGCGACAAACGAACUCGGGGAAGCGGUUACUUCAGCAACACUAUUCGUUCAAUCCAAGGCAGCCUUGCAGUUUGAAUCACAACACGAAAGCGCUUUGUCAAAACUCCAAGCUUUGGAGGAUACCUCGAAAUAUCAACGUCAUGAGGAAGAAGAGAUCGUGGUAAAAGAAAAGCCGUUCUUUACGGUCCAGUUGAACGGACCUACCACUCUAGUCGAAGGUCAAAGCGCACACUAUGAGUGUCGUAUAGAACCUUAUCCUGAUCCCAACAUGAAGGUGGAAUGGUUCCACAACGGUAAACCAUUAUCCACCGGUCACAGGUAUAGAACUACCUGCGACUUUGGAUUUGCAUCGUUGGACGUAUUGACUGUAUAUGCUGAGGAUGCGGGUACAUAUACUUGCCAGGCCACCAAUAAAUUGGGAUCGGCGAGAAGUUCGAUUAAUCUCAACGUGAAAUCUCGAGCAUCAAUUAUUCGCGACACACAGCAUGAGAGCGCAUUGAAAAAGAUACAGUAUCUUGAGGACGACUCAAGAUAUAAACGCACAAUCGAAGAAGAUACAGUCAUCGCCGAGAAACCUGCUUUCGGACGACCAUUGAAGAAUAUUGAGCAUUUACCGGAAGGUAAAAAUGCUCAUCUCGAAGCUACAUUGACUCCUGUUAACGAUCCAACGAUGGUCGUCGAAUGGUUCAGAGACGGACGUCCCGUUCCUCAGGGACAUAAAUUCAAAACGACCUAUGACUUUGGAUAUGUCGCUCUCGAUAUCCUUUAUGCUUAUCCUGAAGACUCGGGUACCUACAUGUGUAAAGCGAGGAAUGCUGUUGGCGAGGCAGUUACUACUUGUGUCAUCAGCGUAGAUUCAAAACAAGGCUUAUAUCUCGACACACUGGAUGCUCAACGCUUGCAAAAGAUUCGAGAAUUGGAAACUGUCGAAAUCAAAGAAGAAGUCGAAAAAGAGGUUAUUCAUCAAAAACCUGUCUUUUUGACACCACUAAACAAUCUGGAUCAUCUCAAGGAAGGCGAGCACGCUCAUCUGGAAUGCCGCGUGGAGCCAAUUAACGAUCCAAACUUGAAAAUUGAAUGGUUUGUCAAUGGAGUCGCAAUUAAAACUGGUCAUCGUUUCCGCACUACUCACGAUUUUGGCUAUGUGGCUCUCGAUAUUUUGUAUACCUAUCCUGAAGAUUCCGGUACUUAUAUGUGUAAAGCAACUAAUUUGGCUGGCGAAGCUGUUAAUACCUGUACUAUUAAAGUCAGCUCACGACGAAGUAUUCUUCUGGACACCCAACAUCCGGAUGGUUUAGAAAAGAUUCGAGAAUUAGAAGCCCAGGGUCAUCCUGCACGAUUAGAAGUUGAGGAACCACCAGUGACACCACCGAGAUUUGUCACCGAACUUAGAGGCACGACUGAAGUAUACGAAGGGCAAACCGCUCAUUUCGAGUGCCAAGUGGAGCCUCUACAUGAUGCUAAUCUGAGAAUUGAAUUCUUCCACAAUGGCAAACCCUUGCCAUCGGCGGCGCGUUUCCAUGUGACCUUUGAUUUCGGCUACGUCGCACUAGAUAUCGGUCACGCCGUACCCGAAGACGCAGGGCAAUACUCUGUACGUGCGAUCAACGCGCUAGGACAAUGCGUAUCGUCCAUUGAGCUCAAAGUAAUCCCACGAGACAGCAUUAUUCUGGAUUCCCAACGACCCGAGGGAAUGGACAAGAUUCGAGAGCUCGAAGCUCAACAACCGUGGAAGCGACCGGAUAUACCGGAGCCUCAAACUCGGCAGAGGCCUGUCUUCACUCAACCAUUGCAAAAUAUCGACAGCAUCGCCGAAGGUCACACCGCGCAUUUCGAAUGCAGGCUCAUACCUGUGGGUGAUCCUAUGCUCAAAGUGGAGUGGUUCAGAAACGAGGUGCCUCUAGAAACAAGCUCGCGAAUUACGAAAGUGCAUGACUUCGGCUACGUAUCCCUGGACAUCGCUCACGUACGUGACGAAGACGAAGGUGUUUACAUGUGUCGCGCUUCUAAUCCGUUGGGUGAAGCGGUUACAACGGCUUCGAUGAAGAUUAAAAGCAAAGCCAGUAUACAACUGGAUACUCAGCAUCCGGAGGCGCAACGUAGAAUCGCUCAGUUGGAAGCCAAGGAAGUCGGACGACCCGACGAGCCAGAAAAGAUCUUUGAUAAACCGAUUUUUACGCAAUUAUUAACCGGGCCAACCGAACUCUGGGAAGGACAAAUGGCUAGAUACGAAUGCAGAGUUGUUCCUGUCGGCGAUGCAAGUUUGAGAUUCGAGUGGUACAUGAAUGGAGUCGAAUUAAAAAUGGGUUCACGCUUUCACGUAAGUCACGACUUUGGAUACGUAACGCUAGACAUUUUGAAAGUUAUCCCCGAAGAUUCCGGCGUUUAUACCUGCAAAGCGAUCAACAACGCGGGUGAAGCAGUUUCGUCGAUUUCGCUGAAAGUAAAAGCGCGUUCGGCUAUCGCUUCUGAGAGUAUACAAGCGGACGCGUGGCAAAAGAUUCAACUAAAGGAAGCGGAGAUGAAUAGGGUACCGGAAAUGUUUAUCGAUACAACACCGCAGCAGGCACCUGUUUUCACCAAGCAUCUCGAGAGUUUCGAUAAACUGGUAGAGGGCCAACGUGUUUAUUUAGAGGCUCAGGUGGAACCGCGAGCGGAUCCCAACUUGAGAGUAGAAUGGUUUAAAAAUGGUUUGUCUCUACAAACUGGAACUAGACUUCGUAGUACAUUCGAUUUUGGUCUGGUAACGUUGUCGAUUAAUGGCUUGAGGCCUGAUGACUCCGCAAUUUAUACUUGCAAAGCGACUAAUCUUCUGGGAGAAGCUGUGUCAACUUGUAGCUUGAAAAUUUCCGAUCGUCACUGGUUAUUGGGAGAUACUUUGCAUCCAGACGCUUUGCCAAAAAUUGAUGCCUUAGAGCAACCUCAAGUACCUUCGGCCGAACAACCAGAACCUAUUUACGAAGAACCUGUUUUCAUCACUCACCUGAACAACGUGGAAUGCACCGAAGGCGAUAACGCUCACUUUGAAUGCAAUGUAGAGCCAUCGAAAGAUCCAACUAUGAAAAUUGAAUGGUUCCUGAAUAGUAAACCUUUACCGACCGGAGCAAGAUUUAAGAGCACUUACGACUUUGGCUAUGUAGCUUUGGAUUUGACUCAUGCUUACGAAGAAGAUUCUGGCAUAAUUACUGUAAAAGCUACAAAUUCAAAGGGAAGUGCGCAGACAUCGGGUACUUUGAAAUGCACCAGCAAGCAAAACAUUUAUCUGCAAACGCAACAUCCACAAGGGGAAGCCGGGCUUGAGAAAGUGAAAGAAGCAGAAGACGCUUAUCUAUCAAAACAUCAAAGAAAGGAGGAAGGCCCUGAUCACGAAUAUCCUAAACCGAUCUGGACGGUGCCACUUCAACCUGAAUUUAAACUGGGAGAAUCCGAACCGUUACAUUUAGAAGGACAAGUUGAACCAAAAGAUGAUCCGAAUUUAAAAAUUGAGUGGUAUUUUAACGGGAAACCUUUAGAACAUGGUUCGCGCUUCAAAAUGACUAGCGAUUUUGGAUUUGUCACGUUGGAUUUGACGGAUGUUUAUGAGCGCGAUUCCGGUAUUUAUACUUGCAAAGCUUAUAAUAAAGCUGGCGAAGCCUUUACAUCGACAACGAUUUAUUGUUCCACAAAGGAAAAUAUUAUUGAAAAAUCGCAACAUCCUAAAGGUAAAGAGGGUCUUGAAGCGAUCCAAGAUUUGGAGGAAUCUUUGAAACGACAAGAAGGAAUUCCACCAGGAGAGGACGAAGGUCAACCACCGAUGUUCACAUCGCAAUUUGAGAAUCUAACUAAUCUAUCAGAGGGAGAGAUUGCUCACUUUGAAGCAUCUCUCAUUCCUACAGGUGAUCAAACCAUGGUAGUCGAAUGGUUUUAUAAUGGCAAAGCUUUAGAAGCCAGUCAUCGUACGAGAACCGUUUACGCUUUUGGUAUGGUUGUCCUCGAGGUUCUUGGCACAAAAAUAGAAGAUUCGGGUACUUAUACCUGUAGAGCGACUAACAAAUGGGGUAAAGCAGAAAUCAGCGUAGAACUCGAAUGCAUCGAUAAGUCUAAAGGACAGAAACCUAAAUUCACGACACAGAUACAGUCUUUGGAAGGUCUAAAAGACGGUCAAUCGGCUCACUUUGAAUGUACUCUCAUCCCUGUGGGAGAUCCUCACAUGAAAGUCGAAUGGUUCCAUAAUGGAAAACCACUGCGGCAUUCUUCGCGUUUCAAGAUGGUUUCCGAUUUCGGUUUUGUAGUUAUGGACAUCGCCGGAGUCAUGUCUCAUGACACAGGUGAAUACGUUUGUAAAGCUAGCAACAAAUACGGCGAGGAUUAUACAAAAGCUACGAUCAAAUGCUUCGGCAAGAGCGGAGUUUACUUGGAUUCCCUGCAGCCAGACUCACUCGCUAGAAUACGGGAGCUCGAGAGUUACACCGGAGAACAAGCGAUCACUCCUACGACUCCUGUUGCCGAACCGCCGAAAUUCAUAACGCAAAUCGCUGAUAUUACGAAACUGGUAGAGGGACAAUCUGCUCACUUCGAGGCAAGACUGACCCCGAUAACCGAUCCUGAUUUAAAGGUCGAAUGGUAUUAUAAUGGCAAAAAACUUCCACACGGACAUCGAUAUCGUACUUUCCACGACUUUGGUAUCGUUAUUCUGGACAUACUUUAUUGUUACGAAGAAAAUUCUGGAGUUUACGAGUGCAGAGCCGUCAACAAAUAUGGCGAAGAUACUACGAGAGCGUCGCUCAAAUGCUUCUCUAAAGCUAAUCUUAUUUUGGAGUCACAGCUUCCGAAAGGCAUGGAAGGCGGUCUAGAGAAAAUUCAAUCUCUCGAAGAUUCGAUGAUACGUACGAAAGACGAAAAAACUGUAGAAGAACGUGGCAAGGCUCCAAUGUUCACCGUACCUUUAAGUAAUAUCGAUGGUCUACGCGAAGGAGAAAGCGCGCAUUUCGAGGCACGAUUAAUACCUACAGACGAUCCAAAAUUAAAGGUCGAAUGGUUCUGGAACGGUAAACCAUUGCGAACGGGAUCUCGCUUCCGCACUUUCUGCGAUUUUGGUUUCGUCAUUUUGGAAAUUUCUCCCAUCUACCCUGAAGACUCGGGCGAAUAUAGUUGUAGAGCGACAAAUGAUUAUGGUGAGGCGGUGACAACGUGCACUCUGAAGUGUACGGGCAAACGUAGUAUUAUUUUGGAGUCUCAGCUACCUAAAGGAAUGGAAAGUACGAUUGAUAAGAUCGCCGAAUUAGAAGGCCUCGGAACCGUACCGGGUCAAGCUAGUCCCGAGGAUGACACCGGAAGACCGCCAGAGUUUAUCACGACUCCUUCCGAUCUGACUUUGACUGAAAAUUCUCUUGCUCACUUUGAAUGUCGACUACAGCCGAUUAAUGAUUCUAGCAUGAGGGUCGAAUGGUUUCAUAACGGCAAGCCUCUUCUCGCUGGCAGUAGAAUCAAGACGAUUCACGACUUUGGUUUUGUUAUUCUGGAAGUUGCAAAUUGUUACCAACGUGAUUCCGGUCUGUAUACCUGCAAAGCUACUAAUCGCCACGGCGAAGCCACAGUAUCAUGUAAACUUCAAGUACGUGGACGUCAAGGUAUUAUUUUGGAGCCACAAUUGCCGACCAAUUUCAAGACUGGCACGGAAAGCAUUCAAAAAUUGGAGGAGUCUUUGUACAAGAGGGAUGAGAUCCUAGCGGAGGAAGAAACACCGAAUCCACCGAGAUUUAUCGUCGAACUUAAAGACAUCGAAGUUGAAGAGUCUGGACCGAGCCAUUUCGAUUGCAGAGUCGAGCCUGUUGGUGAUUCUACUAUGCGUAUCGAUUGGUUCCACAAUGGUCGACCCUUCGCGACCGGCUCUCGAGUUCAUCAAAUUAAUGAUUUCGGAUUCAUAUCGUUGGAUAUGUCGUAUACAUACGCGCGAGACAGCGGCGAAUACGUCUGUAGAGCCACUAAUAAAUGGGGCUUCGCUACUACCAAAGCUACCAUCACUUGUAAAUCCAAGAAAACGAUAGAUUUUGACUCUCAAUUGCCAUCGGGAAUGAGCGGCGAGAAGUUGAAAGAAUUAGAACGAGGUCCAGUAUCUCAAGCUCCCGCAGAAGAAGCACCGCGACAACCGCCGCAUUUUAUCACGCAGAUUCAAUCGGCAACUAUCGACGAAGGUGAACCAGUCAGAUUUGAAUGCCGCGUGGAGCCCAAGGACGAUCCUAAUUUACGCAUCGAGUGGUACAGAAAUAAUAAAUUGAUACCUGCCGGACACAGAUACAGAACUGUAUAUGAUAUGGGAUUUGUAUCGAUGGAUAUCUUGUACGUCUAUCCCGAGGAUUCCGGUGAAUACGUUUGUAAGGCUGUUAAUGACCUUGGAGAAGACACCACUCGAGCUGCCAUAUCUUGCAAAAAAUUACCAAGCAUUAUUCUGCAGAAUCAAGUACCCAAGGGUAUGAAAAAAUCCGAGGCUUUAAUGCAAAUGGAAGCGACAAUUAAAAAGUAUACAUCAGAAAUUCAUUUAACCGAGGAUGAUCUAUAUGACGCAGAUAAGAAACAGCCGCCUCGUUUCGUCACACAAAUACAAGAUAAAACCGAUCUCGUUGAAAUGAAUAGCACCAAGUUCGAAUGUCAAUUAGCUCCCGUGGGCGAUCCGAAUAUGAAGGUCGAAUGGUUCUUCAAUGGAAAGCCAUUACCUCAUAAGAAUCGAUUUACGCCUAUUUACGACUUUGGCUAUGUAGCGAUGAAUUUUGGUUGGGUCUAUCCAGAAGAUAGUGGCGAGUAUCUGUGCAGAGCUACGAAUCUUUAUGGAAUGGAUGAGACUAGAGCUAUAAUCAGGACCGCAGGAAAACCAGGAAUUAUCUAUGAGUCUCAGCUUCCAAAAGGCAUGAAGAGCAUCGAGAAGAUCAGAGAGAUGGAAGCUGCAUGGCAGAUUGUACCCGAAGAGGAAGGUGAAGAAGAGAAAGUACGCUCGGCGCCUGUUUUCGUGAGCAAACCAGAAGCAGUAACUGUCGAAGAAGGCGACUGGUCCAGAUUCUGCUGUCGAGUCACUGGAUACCCAAGACCUCGAGUUAUGUGGAUAAUCAAUGGUCAUACAGUAGUUAAUGGAUCCCGGUAUAAACUGACGUACGACGGCAUGUAUCAUCUCGAUAUUCCAAAGACCAGACAAUACGAUCACGGCAAAGUGGAAGUAAUUGCAAGAAGCUCUGUUGGCGAAACUCGUACAGAAACGACUCUGACUGUCAAGCAGCGAAGUGACGACUAUCGCGGUGUAUUGAAAAAUUCGCCAAGACCCUGGUACGAUUAUGGGCUAACACAGUACCAGACCGAGCGACAGAACACAGAAUUGGAGCGCGUGUUCGAUGAACGCCACCAAAGCGUUUCCCAAGGCAUCGAAAUUGCCACGGAGCAUCUUGGCCACAAAGUCAUUAAAGAGCCCGAGACUGAAUGGCAGAAAUCCGUUAAGAGCAAGAAGAACGAGGACUAUUAUAACAAGUUGAUGACCCUUGAGGAAGGACAAAUGCUCAAAGAAAGCAGAUUAAGGGAGGCUUCGCAUCAGUUUGCUAUUCCUGGCGAUAAAGUCGUUGCACAUUCUCUAGCAAAGGGAAUGGCUCAAAAGUAUGAAGAGAAUUUGGAAGAACAGCCGCAGCAAUCAGUAGAACCACCUCCAAAAUAUGUAAAGAAGCCUUUCGUUACCGAAGUAGAUAUAGACACGGAACGCGUUAAAUCCACUGGAAAGUAUCCUCCGGAACCAUCUGAAUCUACGGUUCACGGUCGCGAAGUUCACGUAGCUAAGCAAAAACAGACGCAAAAGGAAGUUCAGGGUGACUUGGAAAUAACGAGAAAGAUCACAGCAACGGAGACUACAGAGGUGGAACAUAAAGCGAAGACGCAGGAACGUGUAGUUCAAGGGCAAGUGAAACCUGCCAAGCCGCCUAUUUUCACGAAAAAGAUUCAACCGUGCAGAGCAUUUGAGCAAGAACAGGCCAAAUUUGAAGUGGAAUUUGACGGUGAUCCAUUACCGACCAUCAAAUGGUAUCGCGAAGAUUUCCCCAUACAAAACUCGGCCGAUCUUCAAAUUUACACCUUCAGCACCAAAUCGGUAUUAAUUAUCAGACAAGUUUUUAUGGAAGAUUCCGGCGUUUUUUCUGUCAUUGCUGAGAAUAGAGGAGGGAAAGCCAAGUGCAGCGCCAAUUUAGUCGUGGAGGAACGUAGAAGGCAACCUGGACGAGGUGGCGCGGUGCCACCCAGUUUCUUAUCUACGAUUCAAUCUACUUCUGUAGCUACUGGACAGCUCGCCAGAUUUGAUGCCAAAAUUACUGGCACGAAACCUCUAGACGUCUAUUGGCUCAAGAAUGGCAAGAAGAUAACGGCAGAUAUCCGUUACAAAACUUUAGAGGAAGACAACACUUAUACACUUUUGAUAUUAGAGACCAUACCGGAUGAUAUUGGCAAGUAUGAAUGCGUUGCAAUUAACAAUGCUGGAGAAGCACGUUGCGAAGCGGAAUGUACUGUUCGCGGGCCUCAAUCGCCGACAAAAGUUGCGAAACCGACGACACCAACGGUGGAAAAAGCGCCAACUGUUUUAGAACCAUUAAAAGAUCAAACUAUCAGAGAAGGAACGUCUGUCGCUUUCGCUUGCAGAAUUACUGGAAAACCUGUUCCGACUGUGCAGUGGAAGAAAGCCGAUAAGGUGAUUAAACCAUCGAAAUACUUCCAAAUGCAGAAGGAAGGUGAUUUGUGUACUCUGAGGAUUUCCGAAGCAUUUCCCGAAGAUGAAGGUGUCUACAAAUGCAUCGCUAAAAAUCCCGCUGGUGAUGUUACGACAUCUGCGAAUCUCAGAGUUCUCGCGCCCGAGACGGCUGACGUUCUACCAAAAUUGACGCCUCUUAAGGAUCAGAUCGUCGUUGAAGGACAGCCGGCUCAAUUCAAGACUCAAGUGCAUCCGACAAAGCCUAAACCGACGAUUCAGUGGUAUCGCGAAGGCGCCUUGAUCCCACAAUCGCCAGAUUUUCAGAUGAUUCACGAAGGCAACAAUGCGGUGCUACUCAUAGCAACGACGUACGAGGAGGAUACUGGUACUUUCACCUGCCGUGCUACAACUUCAGCCGGUACCGUAGAAACGUCCGCCAAACUCAUCGUCAAAAAAAGAAAAGAAGUCUACGCAAUUUCCACAGAAACGGGUGCCAGUAUAGAAACAGAUGCAAAGCUUCACCAAGAUUUGAAAGAUAGCAUUUUAAAAUCUAUAGUACUCGACGAAAAUGGUUUACCACUUGAAGUACAGCUUCAACCAGGUGAUGAAUCGUUACCGUGGAGAAAAGAGCGUGUUCAGCAUCGACCUCGAAUUAGUGACUCUCUUCCUUGGAGAAAAGUGAAAACAAAAUCAAGAGAUUCUUCUUUAGACAAGCUUCGAGCUUUCGAAAGUCAAAUAAAACCAUGGACUGAGGAAGAAGUAAUUUUGAAAAAAGCUCCUCAAAUUAUCAAAGAUGUAACCAAAGAAAAGCUGGAAGAGGUUGAAUUAAAACCGACCAAGAUCGAAAAGAAAGACAUUCAUGGACCCAGUCUCGAAACAAUCCAACUGAAAUCCGUGCCUAAAACAGCUGAAAAAAGAACUACACGUAGCGAUGAUACUACAAUUGAACUUUAUAAAGAGGAAACAGAUGCUAUUCUGUUGAAAACGUCGAAGCGUUUAGAUGAAGUUGUAUCGAAAAAAGAGAAAAGCGAAGGCGCAAAACCAUGGACAGAAGAACAAGUUACCUUAAAGAAAACAAAACCGAAAACAAAAAUAUCUUCGGAAAUAGACACUAUAGAAAAAACGGAUUAUCUCGAACAGGAAGACAGUUCUUUGCUUAGCAUUACAAAAGAUGAAAAAAUAUUAAAGACAAAGAAGGAAAAGCCUAUCGAAGAAAAGCCAGAACAACCUAAAUCUUGGACGGAAGAGCAUAUUAUCUUAAAGAAAACGAAACCAAAAACAAAAGAAAUCCCAGAAACAGAUAAGAUGGUAGAAAAGAUGGAUUAUAUCGAACAAGAAGACAGUUCUUUAUUUAAAAUUUCAAAAGAUGAGGAAACGCAAAAAAUUAAAAAGGAAAAACUCAUCGAGGAGAAACCAGAACAACUCAAACCUUGGACGGCAGAAAAAAUUGCUCUGAAGAAGGCGAAAGUAGAAAGAAAGGAAAUACCUAAAGAAACACUCGAAACCAUUGCACUGAAACCUUCGCAAACAAUAAAACAGGACAUUGUAAAGCCAACCUUAGAGAAAACAGACCUUAAGCCGAUUUCAAAGAAAGAACCUGAAAUAAUUUCAACAGAAGAAACUACACGCAUCGAUGUUUCUGUAGUCAAAGAAGCGAGAAGGCCGAGUAAAGAUGUGACAGAUACAGAUAAGACGGAUAAAACAAAACCAUGGACAAAAGAAAAAAUAAUUCUGAAGAAAACAAAACCAGAGCAAAAAGAAAUACGCAAAGAAACUUUAGAGGAAAUAUCAUUAAAGCCAGUAUCAAGAAUCAAUAAAGAAAUAACAUCGAAAGAAGAAAUAACGGAGAAAGUAAAUUUAAAACAUAUUAAAACGAAAACUACAGAUUUGACAGAUGUUGAAAAGCCACAAGAAAAAAUAUUAUAUCACGAAGAAGAAGAUAAAACUAUUAUUGAAACAGAUAAAGAUAUCGAGUCAAUUAAAAAAGUGAGAAGUAAGAAGAUAGUCCCUGAAAGUGUACCAUACACGGAAGAGGAAGAUAUCACUAUGCUUGCCAUCGACAGAACUGACGAAACAACCAAAAAAUCUAUAAAAGAAGAAGUACCGGUGCCGUGGGUUAGAGGGAAAAAGACAAAAGAAAAGAAAGAAGCUGAAAGCGUACCAUACACGGAAGAGGAAGAUAUCACUAUGCUUGCCAUUGACAGAACUGACGAAACAACCAAAAAAUCGAUAAAAGAAGAAGUACCGGUGCCAUGGAUUAGAGGGAAAAAGGCAAAAGAAAUAAAAGAAACUGAAGAAAUAAAACCAUUACAAGUAACUAAAUCAGAAACUGAUUUGGAAGAAGACAAAUCUAUAAAGAUUUCAGAAGCUCCAUGGCGCCGUAAAUCUAAACCGACGAUUCAAGAGAAAAUUUCAGAAACUGAAGAAAAGGAAAAGAAAUUUGAAGAACAAGUAGAUUUACCGUGGAAACGUGGAAAGAAAUCAGUUAUUGUUAAACCAGAAGAAAAAUUAGAAGAACCAAUAAAAGAUGAGACUAAAGAAGUACCUGAAACAAUUUGGCGAAAACCUAAAAAAGAUAAAACAAUAAAAACCGUUAAAGAAGAACCUCAAGUUGACGAUUUUACGUCCGUUGUCUUAAAACCGACAAAGCGGCAUGAAAAACCUGAAGAACAAAAAUCAACAGAAGAAAUUAUACUAAAACCAGUAAAACGAAUACCUAAAGAAAAAGAAGUACCAGAACAAAUUACACUUAAACCAGUUACAAAGGAAAAACCAGAAACAAAAGUCGUACCUGACAAAAUCGAAGAAAUCACUAACGGAGACCUACCUACUGAUAAGGUUCAUUUACCGUGGAGACGUGGAAAGAAACCAAUCCAAGAGAAAUCCGAAGAUAUACAGCAAGUAGAGAAACUGGAAGAAGCACAACCUGAGGAAGUUAUAUUAAAGCCGGUUAAAAGACUUCCUAAAGAGGAAGAAACCAAAGAACACAUUUAUUUAAAACCAGUGAAAAAGGAGAAAGUUGAGGAAAAAUCUGAAGAAGUUCGAUUGAAACCAGUAAGAAGGAUAGAAAAACCCGAAGAACCGAAACCUGAGGAAGUUAUAUUAAAGCCGGUUAAAAGACUUCCUAAAGAGGAAGAGACCAAAGAACAGAUUGAUUUAAAACCAGUGAGAAAGGAAAAAGUUGAGGAAAAACCUGAAGAAGUUCGAUUGAAACCAGUAAGAAAAAUUGAGAAACCUGAAGAACCGAAACCUGAGGAAGUUGUAUUAAAGCCGGUUAAAAGACUUCCUAAAGAGGAAGAGACCAAAGAACAGAUUGAUUUAAAACCAGUGAGAAAGGAGAAAGUUGAGGAAAAACCUGAAGAAAUUCGAUUAAAACCAGUAAGAAAAAUUGAGAAACCCGAAGAACCGAAACCUGAGGAAGUUGUAUUAAAGCCGGUUAAAAGACUUCCUAAAGAGGAAGAGACUAAAGAACAGAUUGAUUUAAAACCGGUGAAAAAGGAGAAAGUUGAGGAAAAACCUGAAGAAGUUCGAUUAAAACCAGUAAGAAAAAUUGAGAAACCCGAAGAACCGAAACCUGAGGAAGUUAUAUUAAAGCCGGUUAAAAGACUUCCUAAGGAGGAAGAAACCAAAGAACAGAUUGAUUUAAAACCAGUGAAAAAGGAUAAAGUUGAGGAAAAACCCGAAGAAGUUCGAUUGAAACCAGUAAGAAAAAUUGAGAAACCCGAAGAAUCGAAACCUGAGGAAGUUAUAUUAAAGCCGGUUAAAAGACUUCCUAAAGAGGAAGAGACCAAAGAACAGAUUGAUUUAAAACCGGUGAAAAAGGAGAAAGUUGAGGAAAAACCUGAAGAAGUUCGAUUGAAACCAGUAAGAAAAAUUGAGAAACCCGAAGAGCCGAAACCUGAGGAAGUUAUAUUAAAGCCGGUUAAAAGACUUCCUAAAGAAGAAGAGACCAAAGAACAGAUUGAUUUAAAACCAGUGAAAAAGGAGAAAGUUGAGGAAAAACCCGAAGAAGUUCGAUUGAAACCAGUAAGAAAAAUUGAGAAACCUGAAGAGCCGAAACCUGAGGAAGUUAUAUUAAAGCCGGUUAAAAGACUUUCUAAAGAGGAAGAGACCAAAGAACAGAUUGAUUUAAAACCAGUGAAAAAGGAGAAAGUUGAGGAAAAACCCGAAGAAGUUCGAUUGAAACCAGUAAGAAAAAUUGAGAAACCUGAAGAACCGAAACCUGAGGAAGUUGUAUUAAAGCCGGUUAAAAGACUUCCUAAAGAGGAAGAGACCAAAGAACAGAUUGAUUUAAAACCAGUGAAAAAGGAUAAAGUUGAGGAAAAACCCGAAGAAGUUCGAUUGAAACCAGUAAGAAAAAUUGAGAAACCUGAAGAACCGAAACCUGAGGAAGUUGUAUUAAAGCCGGUUAAAAGACUUCCUAAAGAGAAAGAGACCAAAGAACAGAUUGAUUUAAAACCGGUGAAAAAGGAGAAAGUUGAGGAAAAAUCUGAAGAAGUUCGAUUAAAACCAGUAAGAAAAAUUGAGAAACCCGAAGAGCCGAAACCUGAGGAAGUUAUAUUAAAGCCGGUUAAAAGACUUCCUAAAGAGGAAGAGAUCAAAGAACAGAUUGAUUUAAAACCAGUGAAAAAGGAAAAAGUUGAGGAAAAACCCGAAGAAGUUCGAUUGAAACCAGUAAGAAAGAUUGAGAAACCCGAAGAACUGAAAUCUGAGGAAGUUAUAUUAAAACCGGUUAAAAGACUUCCUAAAGAGGAAGAGACCAAAGAACAGAUUGAUUUAAAACCUGUGAAAAAGGAUAAAGUUGAGGAAAAACCCGAAGAAGUUCGAUUGAAACCAGUAAGAAAAAUUGAGAAACCUGAAGAACCGAAACCUGAGGAAGUUGUAUUAAAGCCGGUUAAAAGACUUCCUAAAGAGGAAGAGACCAAAGAACAGAUUGAUUUAAAACCAGUGAAAAAGGAGAAAGUUGAGGAAAAACCUGAAGAAGUUCGACUAAAACCAGUAAGGAAAAUUGAGAAACCUGAUGAACCGAAACCUGAGGAAGUUGUAUUAAAGCCGGUUAAAAGACUUCCUAAAGAGGAAGAGACUAAAGAACAGAUUGAUUUAAAACCGGUGAAAAAGGAGAAAGUUGAGGAAAAACCUGAAGAAGUUCGAUUAAAACCAGUAAGAAAAAUUGAGAAACCCGAAGAACCGAAACCUGAGGAAGUUAUAUUAAAGCCGGUUAAAAGACUUCCUAAGGAGGAAGAAGCCAAAGAACAGAUUGAUUUAAAACCAGUGAAAAAGGAGAAGAUUGUGGAAAAACUUGUUAAAGAGCUUCCUAGAGAAGAAGAAACAAAAGAACAAAUUCUUACAAAACCAGUAGAGGAAAAAAAAUCUAAGGAGAUGAAGUUACAACUUACACCUGAAAUGGUACCAGAACAGACAAAUGAUAAAUUUGUUGAGGACAAACCGACAGAGAUAACAACGGCUUCUUGGCGCCGUGGUAAACGAACAAAAAAAGUCGUUGAUUUUAAAGAUGAAGUUACGAUAGUACCAAUAGAUCAAGAAGAAUCGGUUGUAGAGAUUUCUGAAGAGAGAGAAACAAUAAUUGCAACCGAAACUCAAAGACAGAUUGAAAAGAAAAUAGAAUCCGUGCCAUCCCAUGAAGAAGAUAAAAUCACUGAAGAGAUAAUUUCAACAAGCGAAGUUUCAUGGCGAAGAAAGAAACAAGAACCAGUCAAAAAGGAAGAAGAAAAAGAAAUAGUUGUAUUAAAGCCUAUCGAACAAGUGAUAGAAUCAAAAUCAGAAAUUAAACAACUCGACGAACAAAUAUUACUACCAGUUAAAGAUGAGAAAUUACCCGAAGAAAUUAAAGAGAGUGCAAUUCAAUUAAAACCGGUUCAGAUAAAAAAGAAAGUAAAGAAGGAAGAAGUAGUGGAAGAAAUUAAAUUAAAACAAAUAAGUAAAGAAAAGAUAACGGAUGACAAGCCUAAGGAAGAAAAAAUUAUUGAUUUAAAACCCAUAUUAUUUGAGGAACAAAUAGCAAAAGUGUCAGAAGAGAAAGAUGAAACUAUUAUUAAAACAAUUAAAACAAAAGCUAAGAAAAAGGAAAAAAUUCCUGAUGAAAUCGUUCCUAUUAUUGAUGAAAAGAAAGACGAGGUUACUAAAACUGAAGAAAUCGAAGAGAUUGUUGAAGAUGUAAAGUUAGAAAUUAGUACAGAUGUUACACAAAUAGAAGACCGUAAGAGAAAACGUAGACAACGUACUCAAGUUGACAUAUCUAUUAUAGAUAAGGACAAAACUAUUGCUCCACGAUUUAUUCAAAAAUUACAGCCUGUUAUCGCUGAGCUAGAGAAACCUGCUAAAUUUACAUGCACGGUCAUAGGAAAUCCUUUCCCCGAAAUUUCAUGGUAUAAAAAUCAGCAAGAACUUCAUGCUAGCGAAAAGUAUACAAUGACUAUAUUUGAAACAACAGCAACUUUAGAAAUAACAAAAGUCAAAGAAGAAGAUGCUGGAAUGUAUUCUUGCAGAGCAUCUAAUCCGGCUGGGGUGGCAACAUCCACUGUCAAUCUUGUGAUAUUCGAAAAAGAAGAGGAAGGCAUAGCACCACAUUUCUCAACACCGAUUAAACCGUUAAUGAUCGAAGAGCACACACCUGCUUUAUUAGAAUGUGUUGUCACCGGCACACCAGUACCGGAAGUGAAAUGGUAUCGCGGUGAAAAAGAAGUAAGACCAGACGAAAGGACCGAGAUUACUUUUAAUCCAACAACUGGAGAGGCUCAGUUGCAAAUUUUGGAACCAACGCCUCAAGAUGAAACAAUAUAUCGUGUUCGUGCUGUGAAUAAAUACGGUCGCGCUGAAUGCAGAGCUAAUUUAGUGAUCAGUAACAUUGUUAAAGUAAGCAAACCGAUUGUUCUUAGAGCACCACAAAUUACGCGACCUUUACCAGCGCUUAUAGCAGAACGUGGUAAGCCUCUGAAGCUUUCAGCUGAUUUUGAGAGCACACCAAAACCGGAAGUCAAGUGGUUCCGCAAUGGUAUUGAAAUUACGCCGACUGAUAAGCGCAAGAUAAAUGUUUACGAAAGUACAGCCGAAUUAAUUAUAUCUGAUGUAACAAAGAAAGAUAGUGGCAAAUAUGAGAUCAGAGUCCAGAAUGAAGUCGGCGAAGCGAGAAGUUCGAGUUCUGUCACCAUCAAGGAUCGCGAAGACACCACAAGCGAAGUAAAAGCACCGAUGUUUGUAAAACCAAUUCAACCUCAACUCGUUGCAGAAGGAGAAGUUGUUAUCAUGGAAACACAAGUAGAAUCAUAUCCGACAGCAUCCUUUCAAUGGUUCCAUGAAACCAAACCUCUUGAGUCAACGGCGCAGGUGAGAAUCGUAACUCAAGAGAAUCGAUCGAUUUUAAUGAUGAAACAAGUCACACCGGAACUUGUUGGUAGUUACACCUGUCGUGCUGAAAAUGUUGGUGGCUCGGUCACUUGUACAGCCAACAUUAACAUUACAGAAACAAUAUGGGAAGAAGCAGUUGAAUUAAUUUCGCCUACAUUUGUUAAGAGACUCUCACCUGUAAGAGUUAUGGAUGGCGAGAGUGUUAAUCUAACUUGCGUCGUUGAAGGAAGACCAACGCCCAGGGUAGAGUGGUAUCAUAAUGACAAACCAAUCAAAGAAGGCAAAGAAAUUACGAUUAUCCAAGAUAUGGAAGGUGUCUGCAGCCUAGCCAUUACCGAAGUAUUCCCAGAAGAUGCUGGAGAAUAUACCUGUCAUGCUAUAAAUCCUGUUGGCGAGGCUGUCUGCACAUCAUCUCUUGUCGUUGAAGCUUACGAAUACGUUCCUGACUCGGAAAUUGCAUCUUCAAUAGUCGCAACAUCUCUAACCACAGGAUCAGAGGAAGAUCUUCUAUCUCCAAAAGAAACUCCAAUCUUUGAUAUUGAUAUAGAAGAAUCUGCACCGGAAAUAAUUAAAGAGCUUCCUCAGUUGAUUCCUACCAAAGACGGGGAAUUAACUAGAUUGGAAGUAAAAGUGAAAGGUAAACCGAAACCAGAAGGAAAAUGGUAUAAGCAAGGCGUAGAAAUUGUCUCAUCACAAGAAUUUCAAAUUGAGGAAUUUGAAGAUGGGACGUCGGUGCUAACGAUCGCCGAAACUUUCCCUGAUGACACUGGUGAAAUUGUAUUCGAAGCGCACAAUCCGCUUGGUGUGUCGACCACGAUGACGUAUUUAUCAGUAGAAGGUAUACUGGGCACAAAAGAAUAUCGGAAACCAGAAUGGGUCACACAGAUGGAAAAAAUGCAAGAAGCUUUAAAAGCCACGCAAGCUGUUCCACGAUUUAUUCAAGAGAUAACGGAUGUCUAUACAAAAGAAGGAAAUGUUGCUAUAUUUGAAUGUAUUUAUUCUGGUAAUCCCAAACCAGAUAUUGUUUGGUACAAGAACGAUAAGCUUUUAAUGAAUACAGAAAAUGUGAAGGUACGUAUAUUCGAACAAGAAAAUAAGACCACUCUAACGAUCAAGCGAAGCACCAGAGAAGACGAUGCUACAUAUGUUUGUAAAGCUACCAGUGAAAUUGGCAUGAUAACAACUAAAGCUAAACUACAUGUUGAUACUAUAAGUGAUUCAGUGUCAGACGAUGUAAUAAAAGAGGAAGAAAAACUGGAUACAAAGCCGAAAAAACAAGAAGAGAAACUGCACAAAAAAAAGAAGCCCGAGUUAAAGAAAGCAAAGGAAAUCAAAGAAAAAGUAAAGGCUGAACGUAUCAAAAUCGAAAAGGAAGAAAUCUUUGAAGAGAAACUUAUACCGAGAGAACAAGUGGAAGAAAAGAGAAUUGUCGAUGUCGAAGAAACUCAACUAUUGGAAACUACAGAAAUCAUAAAAGAGAAACCCGAGGAGAUUUCUAGAGCACAAAGAAUAGUACCGAUCCAAGAACCAGUUGUAACUGAAGCAACAGCUUCUUUGAAAAAAAUUGAUGAUAAAAAACCACGAGAGGACAUACCUAAAAUUGAAGAACGUGCCAAAAGAAUUGUUGAGGAGAGGGAAAGUGUCGUUGUAUCAGAAAUUAUGAGCGAGGAUACUGCUCCCGAUUUCACCAUCGAAACAAAGCUCGAUCGUGCUCAGAUUACUUCAGAAACUUUGCAAAAAGUGUCAGUCUCCGAAACGCACACAGAACGAAGUGUGCAAGAAACGAAACGUAUAGAAACAAAACAGAAAAAAGCGAAGAAAGUAAAAGUGGAAAAAAUUAAAGAAGAUAUUACCGUAGAAGAGAUUGUGGAGCGACAAAAGGAAAACAUAGCUCGCGAAGUUGAUGAAAUAAUGGAAGUACUUGACGCGAAAGAGUGGCCCGGAGAGUCUCCUCUUCGGGAACUGGCGACGAUUGGUUAUCUUGUUCGACAAGGUGUCUCUGUAAAUGAGAUCAACGAAUGCCUUUACAGGACUGAAAUCUUUCCCGCUUUAAAAACGCCCGAUGCUCAAAAUGCUUUGGUUCAGCUAGUGGAAAGAAAAGGUCACGGUCCUUUGAUUACUCAAGUGCUUACCGAGGAGACGACGACCGAUGAAAGUUUUGUCGCGGCGACAGUCGGUUUUCGUGCUUUCAUGAGGAUGGUCGAACUUCAGCAUGCUACUGUAGAAGAAGUCAUCACGCACUUUGCUCCGGAAGAUUUCAGGCCACGUGCUUGGGAAGUUACGGAAGCUUCUGAGAUCGAUACUGAACAACAUGCUACAGAAAGAGUGGAUAUUGUUCGCAAAACGGAAGUUCAUUUCCUAGAGAGAAGAGACGAAAGAAAAGCCACUCACACACAGGAUAUUCGAGAAAUUGAAGAAUACGAGGACACACGGCAGGCACACACAACACUGCGCAAACGCAAAGAUAGGAAACCAAGAGAUCAGAUCGAAGAAACAACACAAGAUAGGGAAGAGGGGGUUCAAAUUGUAAAAAUUGAGGAGAUUGAAGAGAUUGAAAAGGAGAAAAAGGAUGUGGAAGAAAUCGAAGAAGAAAUUAUUGAACUUGAACGGGAUACAAAGGGCAGAUUGAUUCGUAAACAAAAACAAGACAUAGAAAAACAAGUAGACGUAACAGAAGAGGAAGAAAUUAUUGAACUUGAACGGGAUGCGAAAGGCAGAUUGAUUCGUAAACAAAAACAAGACGUAGAAAAACAGGAAGACGUAAUAGAGGAAGAAGAAAUUAUUAAAAAAGUUAGAAAGACAUUAGUGCCAAAAAAAUCAGACACUGGUAAAGACGAGAUACAACUGGAAGAGAUAGAAGAAUUUGAAGUAAUAAAAGAUAAAUCAGUGCCAUCUAUUGCUUUGAAUGUCUCUAGUCAACGUAAUCAAGUGGUACCUCUAGAUUAUACAAUUGAGCAAGCACCUGGCAAACCCGAAUCGGAAAAAGCAAAAUAUACUUUGGACACUGUUAUUGCGUUAACAGAACAAACAACAUCAGUACACGAGAAAGAGAUUGAUGAAGUGAUAAGUGUCAAACCAGCUGAACGUAAAGCAUCGAUAUCAAUCUCGUCGAUAGAACCAUAUUCUACUACGGAAACUACCGCACAGAUACAUACUAAUGAAUUUUUGGGUACUUUUAAAGCCGUUUCUUACGAAGCUACGCCUUCUAUAAUAACAAAAGAAAGUCUUGUCGUUAGUGAAACAUUAACGCACGACGACGAUGUAUCGAAUUUAACUCUGACUCAAUCAGAAACUAGUCGAAAAGCAGAUAUGCAGAUCACCGUACAGGAAGCUACAACUAUUAGUGAGACUAUAGUCAAUCAGAGUGAAAUACCUACUGAAAAUUUCGUGACACCCUUAGCCGUUAAGGCAGAGGAUACCAUUUUACCACAAAUAGAACUCUUGGUUUAUGAAGUACAGGAAGGUUUGACUGAAGAGAAAUUGGAGCCCGAGAAAACGGUGCCUACAAAACCACGAAUUAAUAUCAGCGCGAUGGAACCAAUAUUUGUGGAAGAAGUUUGUCCCGAGGAUAAGCCAGGAAAAUAUUAUCCGGAGUUGAUAGUACCCACUGAAAUCGCCACUGAAACAGUGAUUUCACAAAAGCAACGUGUUACCGAAGAAAUGAACGCGCCUGAAAAGGAAGGAAUGUACAUCCCGGGUAGAUUACCGCCAAGUCAAACUGCUCAGAUCGGAAUUUCAUACGGAAAUGAAAUUGCUGUUAUUCAUCACGACCUUGUGCAGGAGCGUGAAGGUGAAUACCUUCCCGAUCGUAAGAUAGAUUCUUUCGAAGCUAUGCCGAAUGUCACUCUUCUGGAAGGUGUUACGAUUUUGACAAUCGAUACGCAACAAAAGGAAGAUGAUUUAACGAUUGAAGAGAGUAAACAGAUCACAGCAGAUUUCAAUAUCGUUGAAAUGUCAGCCAUAACGGUGGAGACUAAUUUAACUUCUGAAAGGGAACGGGAUUAUCAUCCUGAGGAUAAACCCGCUACUAAAUUGGCUGUCACAUCGAUAUCGCCAUUGGAGAUUGGUUCUAUAACAGAUACAAUUGUUCAAGAAUCCGAAGGACUCUAUAGUAUUGAUCAAAAACCAUUCGAAGCAUUGGCGGAGACUUCGAUUAGACCGGAAGAACACGUUUUAAUAUCUCAAAUUCAAACCGCAGAUUAUCCCGGAGAUCUAAAAGAUAUACUCAAAUACGUUUCGGAGAGCGGUGUUGUAUCUGUUCAAUUGACGGAAGCGAAAACUGUACUCGAAACAUUUGCUCACGAUCGAGAAGCUACUAUAGAGGAGGAUGCUAAACCGGAAACCCAUAUGGUUGAGAUGGUGUAUGAUGCUAUUAGAGGUGUCGAAAUAUCGCAAACUACUUCUAUAGAGAAAGAGACCGAGUUGAAAAUCUUCGAGAUGCCUGAAUCACAUCGUGGCAAAACAGUACCUACUCAUCCAAUGAUCUCGCUCGAAGUUCAGGAAACUCAACCAGAGAGUAAUCUAGGUGAAGUUGUCAAAGAAACUUUAUCGAUCGCCACAGCUAAAAUUGAAGCGGUCAGUCUGCAAGAAACAAUCGUUGGCGAGACUGUCGUGGCAGAAGAUGUAGCUCCGACGAAAGAUAAGAGUCCUGAUAUUAGAACUGCAAUAGUUUCGAUGGAUCAGAUCGAAGGUUUACAUACCACGAUGAUUGUUGCGAACGAGAAGGAAACUGAAUAUGUCGAAACGGCCGAUAUUAAAGGUGCAUUCGCAAAUACUGAAUAUAUGACGCAAGUGGCUCCAGUAUGUGAACAAGUGAGAACAGAGUCGCCAACUGAAGAGUAUUUAAUAGAAAGCAAACCUGUGAGCGGAAAAGCAUACACAUCUCACGUUCCUAUAGAGACUGUAAGCGUCACUGUACAAGAAACUGCGGAGAAAGAAGAAAUUUAUAAGACGGACAUGAGACCCGAAGGAAAAAUAGCUAAUAUUGAACUCACCGAGACAAGACCUGGCGCUAGCAUUCUUGAGAUAAUUCCACAUGAUUUCGAAAAUAUUUACACGCCAGAUGUUGGACCGGAGGCUCACACAAUUGAAUCGUCUAUAAGUGGUCAUACCGUCGCAUCAAAAGAAGAAAUCUUAGUGGAACAGAGCGCCGGAAAAAUAAGUAGCGAUUUGCCGAAAUCGAGCAAAGCGAUAUUACAGCAAGAGGCUCUGGAAGAAUUAAUAGUAACAGAAACAAAUGUUGGUGAAGCGGAACAAAUGAGGAAGGAAGAUAUGCGUCCUAUUGAACAGAACGCCGCAGUCGAGAUAUGCGCUCGAUCCGAAAAAUUGACUGUUACUGAGAUAACAUCUAUAUUGAAGGAGGAGGAAUUGCCAGUGGAACAGUUACCAGACAAACGAAAGGUUGUAUUAGACGUAACGGGGGGCCAUGAAAUAGCUCAGACGCAAGAGAUGAUUCUUGCUAGCAAUAUAAGCGAAUUGGAAGAGAAAAAGCCAAACAAGGAAAAUGCCAAUCAGUUGCAAAGCGGACUGGAAGUUGUACAACAGAUGGAGAUAUCAAUAUCCGAAAAAGAAUCUCCUUUAACAACGGAUGUAAAACCCGAUUCCAAAAUUGGCAUUAUUUUCCAAGAGGGAGAAGGUUUGACGAUUGCGAUUACACACCCCGAAGACAAAGAAGACGUACUUAGUGAAAAACCGGCGCCAAAGACCGCUGAAGCUACAGUUGAUGUGGUAACGCAAAACUUAGCAUCAAAAUAUGAGAUUAUUAGCGACAUUGCUCCAACCGAGUUAUCUACCGUGUCCACCCAAGAAGUACGUCCUAAGACGACAUUAUUGCCAUUUGAAACAGCUAUUGCUGAAGAAGUACAAACAAGAGAGACCGAGAAGCCUCUUUCUUACGUACCAGCGUCAGAAAAAGUAGCUAAUCUUGAAUAUAUAACUGGCGAGAGUCUUGUUGUUUUAUCUGUUACGGCGGAGGACAAGGAAGGUGUGCUUACAGAAACGGAAAAACCGGAAUCUAAAUUUGCUAUAUUCGAUAUUCCCGCUCAUACAGUGGCGCAAGCUGCUGAGAUAACUGCGACCGAUAACGUCAGUGAAUUAAAACGCGAAGAAACGAUCUCAGCAACGGCAACGACCGAACAUAUUACUCAUCGUAGUAUUGUUGCAUCUGAGACAUCAAUUGAAGAUUCGGAAAAACCGAUGCUUGAUUUCGUGAAACCAGAUAAGAAGAAAGUCGACAUAUUAUUUGAGGAAAAAACAAGCGUAAUGGUAAUUGAAACGAUUGCAUCUGACAAGGAGCGAGAAUAUUUGAAGAAACCAGAUAUUCCUGGUGAAAAAGUUACUACUAGCUUCGAUACUCAUAAAAUUGCCGAACUCACAGAAAUUACACCAGCCACUUAUCCAGGAGAUCUUAUUGUGAAAGCACCAGUGAGCGCAGCGGCAAAAGUAGAACGUUUGCCGUUUGAAAGUAUCGUUCAAAGCGAAACUGUUGUAACAGAAACCGAAAUAGAGUUCAAGGAUAAACCUGCUAAAACUGAUACGGCCCAGAUAUCUGUCGAUGAAAUUAUUAGCGCCACUAUGUCUACUGAAACUUUAGCCGAAAAGGAAGACAUUCUCCGAAUUUCCGAAAGGCCUGCAGAGAAAAGAGCGGAUAUUCAAUUCACUGGACACAUAAUCGCCGAGAAAAGCGAAGUCACUCCAGAUUCUAGCACGGGAGAAUUGACAGAAACGAGACCGAUUUCUGUUUCAGCCAUAUUCUCGAAUAUCCCAUUAGAGGCAGUAGUACAAACAGAAACGCAACCAACAGAAGUGGAAGCUGUACUCGGAAAAGAUAAAGUACCAUCCAUGGCUCAAGCUGAUCUUUCCAUGAUAUUGGAAAAAAGUCUACAAGUAUCUUCAGUAAUUUUGGAGGACAAAGAAAUCGAAUAUAAGCCAAAGGAAACACCAAAACCGAAAACAGCAGAGAAAAAUCUAAUUGAAACCUACGGCGUCGCCGAAACGACGAUACAAAUUCCUGACUUUAGUACUGGUGAGAUUGCUGUCAGUGAAACACCCGAAACUGCCGUCGCAAUUUCAGAUCAUGUGGUCUUUAAUCCAUUAGUGGAAUCACAGCCUGUUAUUCAGGAAGAAGAAGAACAAUUUGUAUCGCCGUUAAUGCCAAAAAAUAAAACUGUAAAUAUUGACAUGGAAGAAGGUAAGGCAAUCGUGAGUAUAGCGCAUGUGACAACUGCGGACAAAGAAUCGCCAUAUGUCGUCGAGGAGCAACCGCGUAAACACGCAGCUUCGUUCGGAGUUGAUGCCAUUCAUGGUAUAGCCGAAACAAUUGCAAUAGAUAUUGAACAUUCUGUAGGAGAAGUCAUGAUAGAAAAACCGGAUAUUAAAACAGUUUUACCUACACAAGAAGUAUGUCAAAGUCUUUUAGUGACCGAAGGCAUGAUUCAAGAUCGAGAACAAUCUUUCCAAGGAAAAUUCAUACCAGAAUCACACAACGUAGAAUGGUCUGUGGAGGAGGGUAAGCGUGUUACUUCCAUCACGGAAAUUAAAAUGGCUGACAAAGAAGCUCCCCUCGAAAUGAUACAAGAAGAUAGAUCUCACUCGGCCUUGUCAGUUAUUAUUCCUGGUCAUGAAGUUGCCGAAAGGUCUGAAAUAAUUCUUAAUUCAAGUAUAGGCGAAAUGAGCGAGAUCGCAGCACCGACAAAAGCAACCGCAUUAAUCGGACAAAAACCUUUCGAGACAGUACAAUUGACCGAACAAGUCCCUGUAGAAAGAGAAGUGGAUAAGAUUCAGGAAAUACCAUUGACAAAAAUGAGCGCACAUGUUGUUUUAGAUGAAAAUAGAUUCAUCGCUAUUACGGAAUCUACUAUUACCCAAGAUGUUGAAGAAGAAUUUAUUGCAAAAAAACUACAUCAAGAGACGGCUAAUCUUUCGAUGGAAGGCAAAGAAGUAGCUGAACGAAUGGAAAUUAAUUUACGCGAGGGACUCGAAGAACUACCCGCAACAUUAAAACCAAUUACAUAUGAAGCACAUCAAACGCAAUCUACUCUAGAAAGUAUUGAUAUUAGUGAAACGAUUUCUCAGGAGCAAGGUACGAUUUUUAUGGACAAAUUCAAACCUGAUAAACGUAGUGCUGAUAUUAGUUUUGUAGAAGGAAAAAGUAUUACCGUGGCUCAUGUUGUAACGCAGGACAAAGAAGACACAAUAAAUAUUCCAAAAUAUGAAGAGAGCAUGGCUGAGGUAAAAUUAACAAAGCUUGGCAUGGAUAUUGCUCAAAAAGCUCAAGUUUUUAUCGAGCAAAAUACCGGCUUGGUUAAACCUUUCGAAAAGAUUUUAGCAGAAGCUCACUUGCAACAAGAUGCAUUACAACCAAUUGUCAUCGAAGAAGUUCCAAGCGCGGAAAGUGAAGGUAUCUUUGACAAAUAUCCGAAGACAAUAUCCAGUACAGCUGUGCCAACAUUUGAAGAGGGUCAUGGCAUAUUUAUUACAGAAGUAACAUCGGGUGAAGUCGAAAUGUCACUGGAGGAGAAGAAACACGAAAUGUCACGGACAGCUGUUCCCACUAUCGUCACUGAAUGCGAUACCAUAGAAACUGUGAUGGUGGAAUCACGAGUUGAUGUACCUGAACAAAUUCCUGAUCGUAUUUUAGCACCUCAAGUGGCUGCGCCAACUCAAGAUACGUUUGAAAGCAUCAUUGUCAACGAAAAUCUUGUCGAAGAGAGUGAAAAAGAUUUCGAAGGUCUUUUUAAACCUGUAACACAAAAAGCAAAUAUUGAUAUACCACAGAUAAAAUCGUUACAAAUUUCGGAAAUAAUUACUGAAGACAAAGAAGAAACAUUGGAUGUCAUUUCAAAAGGAAAUGAAGUCAAAGCUACGCCGGAUAUCGAUCUAUUCCAAACUAUUGAAGGUUCUUUCGUUGAGAGUAUACAAAGUACUCGAGAACUCUACGAGAAGAAACCAUUUUCCUCUCAAGCAACCAUGAUUCAAACCACGAUGGAAACAAUAGUGAAAUCCGAAACAACACCAAUUGAAAAAGAAGACACAUUUGAGGGCAAAUUUAAACCCGAAGAACAAAAAGGUAAGCCGCAAUUCGAGGGCCUUACUACAGUUGUAAUUACCGAAAUAGCUUCUAAUGAAAUCGAGAACAUUUUGCCUGAAACUGUCACACCAAAACAACAACAAGCACAACCAAAUUUAACUGGUAGAGAAGCUGUGGAAACUCUUCAAGUAAUUACAGCGAGCACAACUGAAGAUCUUAUGAAAGCUAAAUUAAACGAAGAAAAAGGUAAACCGGAACUUGAAGAAUUAAUGUCCGUGACUGUCUCUGAAAUCAUUUCUAAUGAAGUUGAAGACGUUUUACUUAGCAAGGCUGUUCCAAAAGAUCAUAAAGCUGAUUUCAGUAUUUCUGGUAGAGAAGUCGCUGAAACAACUCAAGUAACAGCAUUAUCUGAGAUCGAUGAACUCACUACAGAAGCACCAGAAAAACAGACAGGUAAACGACAAGUAGAUGAAUUAACUUCGCUGACUAUUUCACAAGUCAUUUUUAACGAAACUGAAGAAACAUUAGUUAGCGCAGAAUUUCCUAAAGAAAAAACAGCUCAACCAAAUUUGUUCGGUAGAGAUAUCGCUGAAACUACAUUGGUUUUAACAAUGGUCAGUACCGAAGAACUUGUCUCUAAAAAAGAAAUUGAACGGCGAGGUAAGCCUAGUAUUGAAGAACUUACGUCCUUAACAGUUUCACAAAUAGAAUCACAAGAAACUGAAAAUAUCCUUGCUAGUCCCAUAAUACCAAUUGAGAAAACGGCGCAAACAAGUCUAUAUGGUCGAGAUAUAGCUGAGACUACGGAAGUAACAACUGUAUCAAAUGUAGAUGAAUUUGUUGAAGAUCGAAAGCCCGAGAUACAACAGGGAAAUCUGAAUCUCGAGGAGUUAUUAUCAUUAAAUAUAAUACAAACAGUUUCCAAUGAAGCAGAAGCUUUGUUGCCUAGCCCAGAAGUACCUACAGAAAAGAUUGCGCAAAGCAAUUUAUUUGGUAGAGAUAUAGCUGAAACAAGUCAAAUUUUAACGAUGAUGAGCACAGAAGAACUUUUAAAACAUAUAACACCCAGUGAACGUAAAGGAGAGUUUACAGUAGAAGAAUUAUCCUCACUGACUGUAUCUCAAGUACUACCUCAUGAAACAGAAAACAUUUUUCAGAAAGCUGAUGCACCCAGUAUACUCACGGCAAUACCUAUGAUGUCCGGUAGAGAAAUUGCUGAAACUUCUCAAGUGCUCACUCUUACGAAUGUUGAAGAAUUUUUGAGACCCAAAAGUCCAGAAGAACAAAAAGGUAAACCACACGUAGACGAAUUUUCGUCAUUGAUGGUUUCUCAAGUAAUAUCUACUGAAACAGAGGAGCAAUUACCGAGCACGGAAAAAUUAGAUGAGAAAAAAGCCGCGCCAUGUCUCUCGGGAAGGGAGAUAGCUCAGAAAACAGAAAUUAUAAUUGCCAGCAGCGUUGAACAAAUACCCGAAAUAAAGAAAAAGGAUGGCCAAAAAGGAAAACCAAAUAUCGAAGAGAUGAGUUUUAUUACUGUGUCUGAAGUAAUUUCUACGGAAGCAGAACAAGAAUUGUCAAGUCAAGAGACUCCAAAAAGACGUACAGCUCUGCCAAAAGUAUCUAGUAUAGAAGUCGCAGAAACUUUAGAAAUUUUACCAAUGAGCAAUGUCAAAGAACUUGAAAAAUCAGAAAUUAUUCAAGAACAUAAAGGCAGACCACAUUUAGAAGAAUUGAUGUCACUAUCAAUCUCCGAAGUAGCUUACAGUGAAAUGGAGAAGGGACUAUUAACUCCAGAGGAACCAAUCAAGCAAACAGCUGAGCAGAGUAUGCUGGGAAUGCGUGUUGCUGAGAAAUCUCAAGUAAUUGCAUCAUUAACAACAGAAGAUAUAAAACAAUCUACUAAACCAGAAGAAAAGAACAUAACACCGGAACAAAUACCGUUUGAGAGUAUACAACAAAUGCAAUCGAUUCCUCAUGAAAGUGAACAAUUACUUGUCCUUGACAAGGAUGCAUCAAGUACAACGGCUGAAGUUUCAUUUCGUGUUUCCGAAGGUGUUGAAGUUAUUCAAGUAACUACAACAGAAAAAGAAGCAAAGGAUGUUGUAAAAGGUAUAGCAGAAUUAACUAAACAGAUAGCUGAGCAGAGCAUGCUAGGUAUGCAUGUUGCCGAAAAAUCUCAAGUAGUUGCGUCAUCAACAACGGAAGAGAUAAUAGAGUCUGCUAAACCUGAGAUGAAGAAAAUAUUACCGGAACAAAUACCGUUUGAGAGUAUACAACAAAUGCAAUCCAUUCCUCAUGAAAGUGAACAAUUAUUUGUUCUUGACAAGGAUACACCAAGUACAACGGCUGAAGUUUCAUUUCGUGUUUCCGAAGGUGUUGAAGUUAUUCAAGUAACUACAACAGAAAAAGAAGCAAAGGAUGUUGUAAAAGGUAUAGCAGAAUUAACUAAACAGAUAGCUGAGCAGAGCAUGCUAGGUAUGCAUGUUGCCGAAAAAUCUCAAGUAGUUGCGUCAUCAACAACGGAAGAGAUAAUAGAGUCUGCUAAACCUGAGAUGAAGAAAAUAUUACCGGAACAAAUACCGUUUGAGAGUAUACAACAAAUGCAAUCCAUUCCUCAUGAAAGUGAACAAUUAUUUGUUCUUGACAAGGAUACACCAAGUACAACGGCUGAAGUUUCAUUUCGUGUUUCCGAAGGUGUUGAAGUUAUUCAAGUAACUACAACAGAAAAAGAAGCAAAGGAUGUUGUAAAAGGUAUAGCAGAAUUAACUAAACAGAUAGCUGAGCAGAGCAUGCUAGGUAUGCAUGUUGCCGAAAAAUCUCAAGUAGUUGCGUCAUCAACAACGGAAGAGAUAAUAGAGUCUGCUAAACCUGAGAUGAAGAAAAUAACACCGGAACAAAUACCAUUUGAGAGUAUACAACAAAUGCAAUCGGUUCCUCAUGAAAGUGAACAAUUACUUGUCCUUGACAAAGAUACACCAAGUACAACGGCUGAAAUUUCAUUUCGUGUUUCCGAAGGUGUUGAAGUUAUUCAGGUAACUGCAACGGAAAAGGAAGCAAAGGAUGUCGUGAAAGGAUUGACGGACUUAACAAAACAAACAGCUGAGUCGAGCAUGCUAGGUAUGCAUGUUGCCGAGAAAUCUCAAGUAGUUGCGUCAUCAACAACGGAAGAGAUAAUAGAAUCUGCUAAACCUGAGAUGAAAAAAAUAAUACCGGAACAAAUACCAUUUGAGAGUAUACAACAAAUGCAAUCGAUUCCUCAUGAAAGUGAACAAUUACUUGUCCUUGACAAGGAUGCACCAAGUACAACGGCUGAAGUUUCAUUUCGUGUUUCCGAGGGUGUUGAAGUUAUUCAGGUAACUGCAACGGAAAAGGAAGCAAAGGAUGUCGCGAAAGGAUUGACGGACUUAACAAAACAAACAGCUGAGUCUAGUAUGCUCGGUAUGCAUGUUGCCGAGAAAUCUCAAGUAGUUGCGUCAUCAACAACGGAAGAGAUAAUAGAAUCUGCUAAACCUGAGAUGAAGAAGAUAUUACCGGAACAAAUACCGUUUGAGAGUAUACAACAAAUAGAAUCGAUUCAUCAUGAAAGCGAACGGUCGCUUAUCCUCGACAAAGAAGUACCAAGUACAACAGCUGAAGUUUCAUUCCGUGUUUCAGAAAGUGUCGAAGUUAUUCAAGUAACUGCAACAGAAAAGGAAGCAAAGGAUGUUGUAAAAGAUAUAGCAGAAUUAACUGAACAAAUAGCUGAACCGAGCAUGCUAGGUAUGCAUGUUGCCGAGAAGUCUCAAGUGAUUACAUCGUCAACAACGAAGGAAAUAAUAGAGUCUACUAAACCUGAGAUGAAAAAGAUAAUACCUGAACAAAUACCAUUUGAGAGUAUACAACAAAUGGAGCCGAUUCAUCAUGAAAGCGAACGCUCGUUUAUACUCGACAAAGAAACACCAAGUACAACGGCUGAAGUUACAUUCCGUGUCUCCGAAGGUGUUGAAGUUAUCCUGGUAACCACAACGGAAAAGGAAGAAAAGGAUGUCGUAAAAGGGAUAACAGAAUUAACUGAACAGAUAGCUGAUCAGAAUAUACUGGGUAUGCAUGUUGCCGAAAAGUCUCAAGUGAUUACGUCGUCAACAACAAAGGAAAUAAUAGAGUCUACUAAACCUGAGAUGAAGAAAAUAAUACCGGAACAAAUACCAUUUGAAAGCAUACAACAAUCAGAAUCGAUUCCUCAUGAAAAUGAACGCCCGCUUAUUCUCGACAAAGAAGUGUCAGAUACAAUGGCUGAAAUUUCAUUCCGUGUUUCCGAAAGUGUUGAAGUUACGCAAAUAACUGCAACGGAAAAAGAAACUGAAGAUGUCGCGAAAGGAUUAACAGAAUUAACAAAACAGACAGCUGAACCGAGUAUGCUGAGUAUGCAUGUCGCUGAAAAGUCUCAAGUCAUUGCGUCAUCAACAACAGAAGAUAUAAAACAGUCUGCUAAACCGGAAGUAAAGAAAAUAAUACCAGGACAAAUACCAUUUGAAAGUAUACAACAGAUGGAGUCCAUUCCUCAUGAAAGUGAACAAUCGCUUAUUAUCGAUAAAGAAGUACCAAGUACAACGGCUGAAGUUUCAUUCCGUGUUUCCGAAGGUGUUGAAGUUCUGCAAGUAACCGUAACGGAAAAAGAAUCAAAGGAAGUCAUAAAAGAUAUAGCAAAAGAAAUAAACGCGCAACCUGACAUUAUUGAACAAAAGAUAGCUCUAAAAACUGAAAUUAUUCCGGAAAACAUAGCAUCAGAAUUUAUUAUCACAAAACCAGAGACUAAACUGGCUCACGGAAUAGAAGAUGAGAAACAGAGUGUGAUUGUUACCGAACUACAAUCCGUUGGUGAAAUUGAAUCAAAUCUGCCCGAGCCCGUAAAACCACUAGCAAAGUUAGCGAGCACAUCUAUCGAAGCCGACUACUUGGAAAAAAUGUGGAAAUUACUGCAGCAACAACUCAACAACAUUACAUCACAAUUACACAAAACAUAACAAAACACGAAACAACACAACAACCAUCAAUUGAUUCUGAUACUGAAAUAACUGAAGAAUAUACUACUAAAUUUAGACGAGGAAGUAAAGACGAUGAAACAGAAGCAAUUAAAACAAAGAAAACAACAAUUCGAAAAAGAAACCAAAAAUUAAAUCAGAAGAAAAAGUUGUUGUAAUAGA